CCGGAGAGUUGGACUGGUUAAACUUGGGAAUAUGGAAGAAAACGAAGCCACGCGAAUUAGAGAAAAUUUGUAAAGCUAGUCGUGUUCGCGGAAAUUCCCCCCGCGCUAACAGCGCAUGGAAAGCUGUUAAAAAAAUUCAGAAUUAUUUGGGCUGAGUGCGGUUUGUCAGCUUGGAGAAUUGAUCGAAGGACAGUUCAGUGUGUCGCCUUUGUUAUUGAGUGAGCUGAAGUUUUGAGGAUUUUUUGUGUGGUUGAGCUUAUUAUUCAAAAAUCGGCCCGACAUAAGGCUGUGUGCUUUCAGAAGAGGUCCUUCCAAGCACGAUUCGCUAAGCACUGGAACACUUCGACGAAUGAAUCCGCACGCGGGAGAUAAGGAGUUGAGCGAUCUACUAGACUUCAGCGCGGUUAGUAUAAGUUGAAAAAUUUCUGACACACUUGCAUUCGCAACUUGACUAGAUGUUGCGAUUAGCGAACGCUGUUGGCUGCACUUUAUUAACGAUCGUAUUUGCCUUGCGUGUUGGCAAUUUUUUUGCUCAGAUGUUCUCGCCGCCGGGAUCCAUGGUCGGCAGUAAAUCUAGUGGCUCUCUGACGGAAGCUGGGUUAUCGAGUUCCAUGCACGCAUCUCGAACAGGUGCCCUUUGCGUUUUGUUUGUCUGUCGUUCGCCAUGAAUUAAACUUGAUGCAUGGAGCUGAUAGAACCUGUUACUCUCACUAGAGUAGCUCGAACCGGUUCUUGGCUCCAAUGCACAUGCUUCUUUGCUAUCAGGACUUAAAAGUAUUGACUUUGAUGGCUGUAUUUUAUUUUUUCUUUUGUAGGUUCUUUAGACGAGACACCCACGUGGCAGGCUAGUUCUGUGUCGUCCUAUGAAGCUCGGGUAAGCAAGCAGUGAAUGCAGGAGCUAAAUCGGUGAUGUUACAUGCGCUUGAAAAUUAAAACAAAUCUUCAACACAAAAGUCAUGUAAAACUCGGUUUACAUGUCAACAGCAACAUUUAUUCAAAAUUAGGAUCACUAAAGCUACCGCACGUGCCCGAACGGAAACUCUAUAUUUUUAAGCAAUAAUUUGUUACUUUAUAAAGAUGCAAAAUAUUUUACUAACAAGUGGCCCUCUUAGUUAUGUAUGUUAGCGAAGCUCAUGCUGGUUGGAAAUGCCCUUCGUUUUUAUAACUCGGCAUUUUUAACACUUCACUGAGCAAAAGCUGAGCGACUGAAUAAAUAAAGCUACAAAUGAGUGAUCGUCUUUUAAUUUCACUCAUAUUUAUAUUCGUUUUUUUUCUUUUUCAGGGUUACCAAACGGAUGGCCAUGGUGUCUACAGCACGAUUGACGAUGUUGAAAGCGACUUUAUUUCCCGCAAAGGAUCUAGCUUUGCAAGUUCAUAUCUCAGUUCAAAUUCGUUAGGAAUAGGUAAGAUGAUCUGUUAACAAAGAGAAAGAAAUUUCGGCGACAUUUUAAAUGCAAAAUUAUUCUUUAGCACUUUAAUGGUACAGAGAUAAAGCUCUCCAUGUCUUUGCUUUGUUGUUGUUAUGUCGCUUGCAUGAAAGCCAUGCCUCGUUGCCUCUUUGAUAUUGUUCGGAUGAUCAAAGCUCUUCUGAUCUAAACACUGACGCGUGCUUCGGCUCAAUCUCGUCAAAACUGACCGUGAAAACCUUUGAACCACAUGAAAGGCAAGACAGUGGGAAAGUAAUCUCAACUUUGCACGGAUACCCUUUUGAGAAAUUGAUUGGCUUGUUUUUCAGUGAAUUCACAAUGGUGGCGAUAAAUGUCGAACCCUUUUUUGCGGUUGAAACUGCUUUUCGCGUGAUAGAUUUUGCCAACCUAAAACGGUAAAAUCGGAGACGAAAUUAACGCAGAAGAGUUGUUUUAGAGGUUUAGAUUUCCUCCUUGAAUUUGCGAUUAUUUUAAUAUUAUAACUUGCGAUGCUUGGUAAAUAAAAUAACCACAUUUUAUUUUUGUUCCCUUCAAUAAUAUCGAGGCGUUGAAUUAAUUUAUUUGGUUGGGCAUUUAAACAAUAACAGCAUUUUUCUCAUGAUUUUCCACUGCGCUGAAAGUGCUGAAAGAGUGAAUGAUUAUAUCAAAUGUAUAUUUUAUUCUAUGAGAAAUGUUUUCAUUCACCAUUGUCUGGGCAAGAAAGUAGAUAUGAUAAUGUCAGCGAAUAUGCUUACUCACUGUUAGCCCCACCCUCUAUUUUUUACGAAUCCUUUUUUCGCUACGGGCUUAAACUUAUAGUCCUAUAGCACGUACCGUACUUCCAACUGGAUGCCACAGAUACCUGUUUCAAACACAUAUUACAAGGUUGAUUUGAUGUGAUGAAUAAAUCCGCUUUAUAUCUUGUUAACUAAAACACUGUCACUUAUUCACAUAUUAUUGCUUGUUGUUGGACCGUUUAUUGCGCACUUGUUGCCGGUUACUAAAAUUCAUCAGGGUGGAUGACUCUUUGCCAGGUGAAAGUCUCAGUCAAUUAACACUGCAUUAAGUAAUGUAACAUAUUUUGAAGCGGUAAUUGGAUCAAAACUAGUUGAUUUGGCAUUUUCUCUAAACUUUAAGCUCAGUUUAACGUUAAAAGAAUACAUCUGUUUACAGUGACAAGUUUUUGGUGCAAAUUAUUCGCUUUCAUAAACUUGGACAUGUUAAACAGUACAUGUCAUCUUGUACACACUGCAUUGGAGUUGUUCUCUAAGAAGUGACAUAAGUUAAAUACAGGUUUACCAGCUUUUAUAAAUUUCAUAUGCAAAUAUAUUUUUUAUUUGAUUGCUGUAUAUUGCAAAUGUGCUAUUGCUUUCCUAAAUGUUGGGUGGAAUACUUUCCUGCAUAAACUAGACAUCUCAAAAAGGACAAUCUUACAAGACAGAAAGCUGAAAUGGCUUGAUUCUGAAUAAACUGGCGAUAUCUGUUUCUUAGCAGUAAAUGAUGACAUCUUUGAGGCCUCCUUGGUGGGGGGGUGGGGGGGGGGGAGAAUGUAUGUCCCUAAUCUGAAUUUUAAAUAUGUUAAAUACGUUUGAUUGGUGUUUUAAGGAGUUUGUCAUGUCCCUGUCAGUAUUUAACCCAUCUUGAUGUCAUUUGUCAACAUUUCAUCCAGUUGUAUGUUUUAAGGCCAUGUCUCUUGUCGGAAUUUUACCCUAACGGGCCCUCAUCACUAAGAAAUGCAUUUUGAAUAUUGUCCUAAAUGUUGGGUUCAAGUGUUUCCACUGCACUUUUCUAUGCAGAUUUGCAUAGCAGAUAUCCUUUUGAAAAGCCAUCAACAAAACCUGGAUUGUAUCAACCCCUGAUAAUUACUCAAUCACGGGUUGAUGUCGCUGCUGCUUUUUGAAAACAUAGGCACUUUAAACGUGCAUGAGGUAUUUUGAAUGCGUCAGUGUAACUGUACCAAGAAUGAUGAGGCUACCUUUUUCAUCCUAAAUAUAGACUGUUUUUUGUGCAAAACUGGGUAUUGCUGUACAUAAAUGAAAACACGAAAUGCUCAGCUAAGUCGAUCCUUAUGCUAUAUAUUUACUUUCCUGUGCCUUUCCCUGACAUAUCUAUUGCAAGUUAAGCAAACUGUUAAAGUACAUUGAUUAGAGGGAAAACUCUCUUUAGAGUUUCUUAAGAAAAUGUGGCUUAUCGAAUACCAAACAGUUACAAAAAUACCAGGAUUUUUAUCAUUGUGGUAGAUGGUUGCAUCAUCAUAAUUCAUGAGGUUUUCAUGUGCGAUUCUUCUCAGUGAAACAGUCUUUGACUCUGACAACUUAAUUUUUCAUGUUUUAAAAGCUAUUGCUUGUUUAAAAAAAAGAGCCGUUCCUUAAGGCAUUGGUUACAAAACCAAACAGGUCUUCAUACGUUCAAGUUACUAUUAUUACUGUGAAAAGCCAAGUGCAUGAGAUGUACAGUCACACAUACAGCCAGCACGUGAAAGUGUUAGACUUUGCCCCCUUUCAUGGUUCGUACGAGGGAAUUCGAGUUAUCACAAAGUAAUCUAGUAAAUAGGAUUAUAAAAAUAUCUGGUGCACACAGUUUGCACGUGAAGAUGUUGAACUUUGCCCCUUUAACAAUUUGUACGAGAAAGAACACAUAUUGUUUACAAGAUUACUUUGCUCAAACAAUUUUUUAAACAAGUCACCUCCUUUUCAAACAUCUGGAAUUAAAUUAUGCAUCAUUUUAUGUUAAGAUUGUUACACUAACAUCAUUACUUUACUUCCAACAGAAUUGUCAAAUUGCCAAAAUACUGAUUUCUACUCAUCUCAUGUUAUUCCACUCAAUAAAACAAUCUCUAAUUAUUUCAUCACCUGGCUACUUCCAAGUUUAUUCGCUAAUGCAAAAGUGACGCACCUUAACUUAGCCACUGGGUAAAUUAAAUACAUUUUGAUUACUUUUAUGACAGCAAACAUGUAUGAGAUAUAGUUGCACUUAAGUUGCCGGAACAUGAAUUUAAAGGUUUAUUGAACAAUGUACAAGAGAAAUUAAGCAUGUUUACGGAAGUAAUUUACCUGGUACAGCUUUAAAGAAUCAGCUCUUGUUCAAACUUCUAAAAACACAAACCCCGUACCUCCAAGUUUAAGUCAAUAUCUAAAUACCAAUUAUUAACGUUUCGUUUGUACACCUUUGAAAAAUAUGAUUUUUUGUACUUCACUUUGAAGCAGGUGAAACAUAAUUCACGCUCGUUGUGACGUUCACUAUGGCUGAGAUCAUAAAUGUCUUGGACCAGCAGUCACACUAAAAUAUAUGAACCCUUAAUUAAACAGCUGCAUCACUCAUCAUUUGAAUCAUGAAGAUAUUUCAGUGUUAUGCUUCUAAACACCUUUAGCUGUAAUAAAAGAUGACAAAAUUGUGACGAACCAAAAUGGCGGUUUAAAGUACCUUUGUUUGACCUUUACCGCAGCAAUGCAAUGUUUAGAUGCCAAAAUCUCAUUGGUUCCUAGCAUAGUACCGCAUAGUACCUUCAACCUUAUUGGCCCCUGCAACACACAUCCAAACAGACAAAGCCACAAAGAUACAUGCUUACACCACUGACAUUUGAAGCAGGUGAAACAUAAUUCAUUCAAGAUGAAUUUGCUUGAUAUUUUUUCAACUUCUCCCCACUGUGUCUCUAGGAAAUGAAUAGGGGAAAAAAUGAGAAUUCAAAUUUUGAUCUUGGGGUAUAAAUGGUUAAAUAAGAAAGUUGGAGACGCACCUACACCUGUACACAGGAGUCACCAACAUCAGGCCAUUGUUUUUAUUUAUAGUUUUUUCAUAUACAAGUUUGCUAAAAAUAGCAGUCAGGUGGAAUAUACCUACUACAGCGGCCACUCUCAUGGGCUAUUUAUCAGGCCAACAACCCCUAUAAAUAGGCUUAGCCAAGAAGACAGUGAAAAUGUAUUUAGUGGUAAGGAAGCGGGGAGGGGAUGGAAAUAUUGAAAAUAUGAUUUUAAAAAAAACAUUAUAUAUUGUCCUGUAUCAUUUAAGUGGAACCUCUUGUAAUUUCACGAGACAUUAUUUAAACAUUUUGUGAUCUUAGCCUUCAUGGAGUUUAAGGGAAAAGUAGUUGUAUACAGUCUCUUACAGAUUAACGAUUAGCAGUCUAUUUCAUACAGUGUACUUAGAAGUAAAGUAUUUGAUGGUUUUUAAAAGGCAACAGGAACUCAUGACUGUCUUUGUUUUCUAGCAGGAUACAGAGAUUCAGGGCUAACAGGAAGCCAGGUGGGUUUUACUUUAUUUCUAUUUUAAAAUGUUAAUAAUACAGCUGUGUGAUGUUUUACAGGUGACAGUUUAGACGGAAAUCACUACUCUAAUGCAAAAAAGAGUUUCAUAACCAAGUGCGUACUGAUGGUAAACAGAAGGCGCCAAAAAAAUUAUGUCAUUGCUAGUCUGGGACAAGUGGGUUUUCUUGCUGGGCAAGUAACUUUUAAAACUUGCUUGCCAAAUGUGUGAGGAUCUAGGCAAGUCAUCAUCUAACAAAAUCAUUAACUAAGACAAGCAAGCAGUGGCCCCUGAGGCAAGAAAAAUGAGAGAGCUGCCUGCCCAAAACACAAGCUGCCCAUGCCAGUUGCAUUUUUUCAAAGUUUAUGUUUUCAUUAGAAAAUGACUUUUCUUUUGCCAGGGAAGCUCAGGAACAGCCCACGUUUAACCUUGGGCUUAUUUUAACUUAACUGGGGCUAUAUUUUUUAAUUUGGAACUCUUAGAGAAAAUUAAAAACCAGUUGUUAUUGUUAUGAUAGUGUAAAUCAGCACCUGUACAGCUUUGUCUUUAAAAUAACGAAGAAACACACUAUAAAAAGCGGAGUCUUGCUAGAAAACGUGUUGCGUCAUAGAGUGAAAAGAACCUGGCUGAGAGGACUACAAUCUUUAAUGGAUAACGUUCAGUUUCUGAAGGUGAUUUCUUGGAAAAAGGUAGCCCUCUACAUGUAACAUGUCCAUGCAAUUUGUGGUACAGGGAUAAUUUCAUUUCAAACACACAGUUAAUCGCCGUUGUUGUGGAUAACAGAGAAGCUCUAACAGUUGCCUGUUAGCUGCACAUUUGUGCAUUUUAUUUUAAAAAGUAGAAACCUCAUGAGUCAGCUCGGAAAAUCUAAUCUACGGUACUGUUAUAUUUUAUCAGAAUCCAAUUAAAUCUCAUGCCAUAGGAUAGUUGAAAGAGUGAGUUGAUGAGUCAUUUAAGUAAUGCUUCUUAAGAAUUUGAAAUUGUUUCUCAAGCCAUUACUGCAACGUUAGGAGAAUUCAAAGAAGUAUUGUCAGCCAAUUUUGUACUGAUUAAAACAUAAGCAGCUAAAACUAUCAUAGUUGUCUAUCACUAACUGACAUUCUUUUGACAGGCUGGUCUGCCCCCACCAUUACAAAGCUCUCAUGAUGUUUCUCUGUCAAGUCCAGAUUGUAAGUACUUUAUUGUUAUUUAACUCAGGCACCGUUCUGCCUUUCACUGGUUAUUAAGUUAUUAAGACCCUGAGUAGUCCUAUUUUGAGGUUCAGACGGGGGUUUCUGGCACAGUUUACGGACCAAAAGAUUUAAGUAAUCAUGAAUCACAGACGUCAAAAUUUCAUCUUAGUUUUUGAGUCAUGAUAAUCAGCAUGUGGAGUGCCGUUUUUUUAGUCCUGUUCUUAAGAAAAGAAAAAAGGGGCAAAAGAGUAUCUGAAAAAACAGCAAAGUGGCAAAAAGGAAAAGAAAGACUUGUGCAAAUAGCAACUUACAGACCUUCAUCAUUCUCAUUUGACGUUUUCAUAGUCUUUUACUCAUCUUCCAGAGGUCUCUAAACUGAAAAUCUUGAGAAAAAUUGGUAAUGAAAUUCCAUGUUUCACGGAAAUACCCCUGUACGACCCUCUAUAUUUUCUUCACUGAUCUACGUUUUUCAAUAAGUUUGUCAAGUUUAUUUUUACAUCAAAAAGUGACAAUUAAUUUUGCAAACUGCUCUACCCACUGCUCUAUCAGGGCUAGUCUAGGCAUGUGAAGCAAAUCGGGUAGGUUGCAACAUACUGAAGGUCUAAGUAAACAAAAUAACUAAAUAAAUUACUUAAGAAACAAAAAAGAAUCUGUUUAGCAACUAAGUAGGGAUUCACCUUAAAUUAAAAUUAAAUCUAGCAAGGAUAAGGUAAAGGCUAAACAAAGCUCAUCUGCGUUACUGUACAGUUAUCUUGGACGAGAGGUGCCCACUUAAUACCUACUGUUUGUACUUGUAAUCUAUAAGUAUUUUGAUACGUACAUGUUUACCAGUAUUUAGCAAUAAUUCCUCGAAACCAAAUGGGCUCUGAGUCAAUAGCCCAUGAGGCCGAAGGCCAAGUGAGCCUUUGACUCAGAGGCCAUGCAGGUGAGUGUUUUGGUAAAAUCCAACUAGUUGGUUAAAAAUAUGGUGACAAAACAAUUUUAGCUAGACUUAAUCCUUUUUUGCCGCCAAAAAGCCGGCACUUUUCGCUACUAGUGGGCUAUAACAUAUAGCCUAGUAGUAAAUCAACCAAUCAGAAUGCAGCAUUGAUAAUAGACCACCAGUUGGAUUUUACAAAAAAGAUUUAACUGGUCUUCUGUUUGCAUUAAUGUCAUUCAUUGGCUACCUGCCUGCUCAGUGAAGUUUACAAAAAGGGUAAUGCAUGUAUUUGCUAAACUAUUCAAACUAUUUCAAAAUGGUUAAUAUAACAAAACUUGGAAAUUCAUUUGUCUCAAAUCAAUAGUUUCCUAUUGAGAAGGGCUUGACUAAUGUAUGCAUCUGUCAUCUUUGAUCGAUAGGGAAUUGAUUUUUAAAUUAAAAGAAUUGAAACACUUUAUCAUAAGUAAACCAUAGCAUUCUUCUCAGGCAAUUGACGUCAAGUACUAUUAUACUGAUCAUGGUUGUUUCUUUUGCUUUAUUCAAAAUAAUUUGAACCAAAAAGACCAUCGCAAUUAUGACAAUAGAACUUAAUUAGUUGUGGUAUUCUGGUAUGUGCACAUAAUAUUGUACGUGCAUGGAUAAUUUAAGUAUAGUUUAAAUGAGAAAGGACUGAGGAAUAACAAUGAAACUCAAGGUGCUGCAGUAGAAGACUGAGAAAAAUUGAACAACUGAUGAUAGUCUAAUAUGAUUUAACAUCUAAAACUUCAUUCAAUUAAACUUUGUUUGUAGAAUAAACAUCUAAAACUUCAUUCAAUUAAACUUUGUUUGUAGAAUAUCCAACAUAAAAAAGUGCUGAACAAACAAUUUGUUUAGGGUUGUAGCAUAAAUAUAUACGUAUUUUAGAGUAGGUCUUUCCUAAAUGAGUGCUGUAUGGGUAAUCAUACGCCUAACUAACUUCAUGCAAAUAUGAAUACCUCCUCAAACACUUGUUUGUUUAACUGCCAACCACUUAUACAGAGGUAGAAAACUAAUAAUUAUACAAGUUUUCAGAGAGGUUGUUUAUUAGUGUACGUGUAGCGGUGUUGUAAGGCAUUUAAUUCUGCAUCUUUGUUAGCUCAUCUGUAGAAAUUACCAGAACACAACUGAACUGAAACAAAUACAGCUCAGUAGUAGUAAAUAUUUAUGAAGUCAAGAUAUGAAUACCGCAGAAUGCAGAGCACACAUAUUAAUACUGGUUGUAUAACUGAAACAUAGAUAGUGAUACAGGCUCUUACAGCAACUACCUUAGAUCCUGGUUAAAAGUACUUUCCCUUUUUUUUUUUUUAUCUUGGCACUAAAAAGAGAAUUCAUGACAGUGCACUGCUUGGUUAGAAACACAGCUCAAAAGUUUGAAAGUGAUUACUUAUUGCUACUUUUUAAACUUCAUAAUAUUCUUUUGUCUGUUUAAAGAAUCUGUUAAUAUAUACUCUACAGUUAAAUGUUGGAAUGUAAACACAAAGUAACAAAGCUAAUAGAAAUUUUGCGCAAAACUAUGUGAAGUAUUUAAAAAUAUUUUUGCAGUGCACAACAACUCACCUGCUGUGAGCAUAAUAAUUAUUAUCCUAUGUUUUUCAUGGUUCUAAUUGUCUGCGAUUUUGAAAUCAGAACCUUUGUGUGCAAAAUACACUGUUUAACUCAAGGAUUAAUGAGAAGUUUAGGUAUACAAGCAGUACAGACAAAUAGAGUAAUCAAAUGACUAGUAAUUUUCAAUCCAUGGUUUGUAGCAUAUUAAAAAACAAACAUGUACCUUCUGAUUAAACAGUCAAACUGUUUCACUUCACUUGUUUGAAACUGACAAAUUGCAUUUAAGCCUUUCUUUUGUGUUGGCUGGCUUACUUUUUAUUUUUUUUUACUUGCAAUCAUGAUAUAUAUGUAAAAGAUUUGUACAAAACAUUCUUGUGGCUUGGUUUCUUUGUCUUUCUGAUAUUUAAGAAUGGACUAGAAUCCCUUCCUCUAAAAAUGUUAUUAUUUAAAAUUGUCUAUAAACAAAGGUUUCUUCAUUGCUUGAAUAAUUAUCUAUAUAUUUUGGCUUUUUGGAAUGUUGCCUGAGGCAUGCAAGAGUAUUGUUGAGUAUAUGAAAACUAAUUCAUGCUCGAACACGUUAACCCUUAGAUGUCACUCUUUCUUGACUAGACUGUUUUUAAGUAGUUGUGAAAGAAAGUACAGCAGUUUAUUAUUCACUUUUCACCAGAGGGUUAUAUGGUUUAAUCUGUUUAAAAACUAAAAGGUCUCAGAGUGAGUUGCUCAAUUUAAGAUUAUACAAAAACGAUUGGUUAAUUUAAAUUAACCAAUUUACAAAGUAUUUUAAACACACAUUUGCUAAAUUCAUGCACAUAUACCAUACAAUGUGAAGUGGACACAUUUUUGUUUCUUUUUUUUUUUUUUAGUCAAAUUUGAUUUUUGUAUUUAGAAUAUGUGCCCAAUUUAAAUAUUAUGGUCCUUAACUUUUUGUUUAAAACGUUACAAUUUUUUCAUGGAAGGUUUUUUUUAGUAUUUAUAGGACCUUAUUUUGACUUGAUAAUGACGUUCAGCUAACAUCGAAACGUCGUCGCUUUUUAGCAAUUUUUUAAUCUUAAAAUGAUUUUAAGAAAUGUUUUAUCGCAAUUUUUUAUAGUUACAUAUUGUUUUUGUUAGAAUAUGUGUAUGUAUGGUGCUUACUGUUAAAGCUGGAAGGUCAGGACCUCUUAUAUGCGGUUAUACUCUCUGAUUUUGUCCUGCACAACUAUGUUACACAAAGCUAAAUUCAGUACUGAUAUGCCAAUAGACACCUUGGUUCUGACAAGUAAAAAGGUCUAAUGAAUGUGAAGAACAAAACUUUAUGUUGAAUUACGGGCAAAAAAGCUAAAGGACUCCCCCGAACUACACGUACUCUUACUUUCUCUUCAAAUUAGCUGUACUGUAUGUUUAGAGAGUGCCAUAUUAGGAGCAGGGGGAGAUCCCUACCCCUAUGAACCUCAUGAUUUGCAAAUGCAAGAGGUGAUCAUGAAAACUAAUGCCCCGGUAAAUAUUAAAGUGACAUAUGGGGUCAAGGCAAUAUUUUGGAUUUUCUGUUGGUGAACACCUGUUGAUUUCUUCUUUACAAAUAGCAUAGUGUUGGGGAUGACAGGCUAUGUUCUCCUGUAUUUAUAUUGGCGCUAUAACCCACUAAGCCCCAAGGCUCCACGGUCCCUAACCAAGAUUGGUUACCACCAGUGAUUGGGACUUAUCAUUAUGCUAUGAAUCCCUCUCACCCUAGUAUUAGAUACAAAGUCUUUUUAUGACAUCAGUAGGGAAAUAAAGUUUAUGGGGUCAACCCAGGGAGCAUCUUCCCAGAAUUUUUUCCAUCCCACUAUACGCACGUGAAUUUAUAUAUCACACGUGACUUGUGCUCGAUUUUUUUCUUAGACAAAACAAUAUUCACUUGCGGGAUAUUUUUUCCAGAAUCACCUGGUCCCCUCGCCCCCUCAGAAGUAAGAUGGUUGGCCCCCUUAAUAGAGCUUUGAAAAGUGACAUUUAGAUCAUGUAAUUUUAGACUGUUCACGGUCCCUUACUUUUCUGUAAGAUCAUUGAGAUUGAACACUCUGCCUUAAUCUUAUGGCUGGCCAUCUUGGAUGAUCGUCAAAUCUACUUAUGGGGGUGGGGCAUGGUUUGAGAGGAGGCAAAAAAAAUAGAGGGGCUGUCCUAACAUCACUGCAGCUUGCAUUCAGGGGGCGUGACAGGGAUUUCACGACAUUUACCAUUUUAUUACUUAACAAACUCUGCUUUCAAUGAAAACUGUGCCAGACACAUUUAGCAUGAUUUAGCAUGUUACAAACAUCUCCUACCCAAUUUAGAAACAGGGUUUUUUAUAUAAACAGUUACUGGAACAUUCUUCUGAUUAAAAUUGGCAAACAUGCACUGUUGAAACAUUUUCCCAAUCGAAGCAGCAAGCAUAAUUGCUUCAACACCAAUUACAGUGGAACCCCGCCUUAUGGCCACCUCGGUAAUACGGUCACUUCAUUAUUACAGCCACUUUUUUGGCCACCUGGUAAAAAUCGCCAUGCAUUUUCUUGCAGAAAAACCCUUGUUAAUAUGGCCAAAUUUUUUUGGUCCAUUGGUGACUGUAUUAUUGGGGUUCCACUUACUGUAAAACAGUUAUUAAAACCUCCGGAUACAAAAGCCAGAAAUUUUUGACAGGGGGUGUCUUUCUGCAUCUUUGUAGAAAAAAUUUCAAUUCAUUUUGGAGAUACUGUCUAUGUCUUUAUUCAAAACUCCCCAACAGGCUACUUGGCUUAAGUGGUUGUUCCUCAAAAUUCCAAAACUCAGCUAAUGCUAGGAAAGUAGCGAUUAUUGGCGUUUAAAACAGCCAAGUGGCGUUAUGUCAUCUCUCCUGCAUCAAAUGUCAAGAAGAGUCUGCCCUACUUCAUGCCAAUCUGAAAUAAAUUCCUUCCCCAGUUUCUUCCACCCAAAAUGAUGAAGAUCCAAAAAAAAUAACACUAAAGAUUGGUGAACAGGUAUUUAUGAAAGCACUUUUAGAAAUGACAAUUUAUCAAUGGCUUGUCAUUCCUGGCAACUUUAAAAACUAAACCAGUUGUCAGUGCAAAUUAACGUCUAUUGUCUAGUGAUCAAUCAGAUACCUGCAGUGCUGGAACAAUGCGCUCCUUGAACACGAGCAGCAGUAAUGUUAGGACAGUCCCUCUAUUUUCUUGCCUCCAUCCCCCCACUGCUAUAAACCCCAAUGCCUGCCUCCUGGAUACAUGUGAAACCUAAGAUGACCAUCCAUACUGGUAAGCGCUCGAUCAUUGCAGUCACUUUUAUAAAGUGAUAAAUCCAAAAAAAAGUCUAAAAUCUGUAUGUUAAUUAAGAGAAUGCAUGCUGAUUAUAGCUAAAGGAUACAACCCUCCAAUUUGCUACCAUUUCGGUUACCAUGGCGCCUAAAAUUUUGGAGCUGGCGACUUGAUUUGUAAAAAAGUCUCCCUAAACCAAAAGAGUUGGUUGCCAAAUGGCAACCGCGUAAAAACUUUAACUUGGAGGGUUGGGAUAUGUGCUCUGAGAUCAUUAUAAGUCACCACUGUACAGAGUUUUAAAAGCAGAAACCCAAGAUAAUAUAGGACAUGGAAAAUGAUUAUAAUAACAGGGCUUCUGAUAUGUGUCGUGGACAUGGAAAAUGAUUAUAAUCCCCAAAAACGCAUGAAAUCCACAGAAAUAUUUCCAAAUACAUGUCGGCAAAACAUAUUUAAAGACAUCUUAUAAAACUGAUGGCUCCAAAUUGAACAGUAAGACACUGAACUAAAUAAAUUGUCUGCUGCGUAAAGUGGUAAAAUUACACAUUGUAUUUUUCCUCUGCUAAAUAUACACUGGACUGAGCUGGCUUUUCAUCCACUGAAUUUUACUUUUUCCCGCGAAAAAGAAAAGCUACAGCAAAAUAAGAAGCCCUGUAAUAAAUAAAACUGAUGGCUCCAAAUUGAACAGUAAGACACUGAACUAAAUAAAUUUUGUAUUUGAAAUUGUAUUUUUCCUCUGUAAAUUCUGUGAAACAGAAAAUAACUUCAAUAUUUGUAUUUGAAAGUGUAAAUUCUGUGAAACAGAUCUUCACAUAGAGCAUUAAUAUGUAACUAUGGACAUUAUUACACACCAAAGAGCAGUUUUAUUGGUAGUUCGAUUUGUUUGCUUUUUGUGCACUAUUUAAGAAGCUAUAACUAGGAACAAAUAACCCACCUAAAGUGCAAUAAAUGUAUUUUAGAAUGAAUGAAUGAGUGUAAGGUCAUUUCUAUUGUUCUCAGUGCAGUAACAUCUAACCUUUGAAGCCAAGGGACUGAGUUGCAUACCUGCUAUAUCCCCCUUUUUUUUACUCUUUUAUAAAGCAUUGUUAUGACAAGGAGGAAUUUGAUACUGAUUGUUCUUAGAGCUAUUUUAUUGGUUCAAUGAGAUGUUAUGCUCUGUUAUUUUAAAAAGGUGUUUGCAUUCAUGAGGAAAGGUCUUUCAAAUAUCAUAUUACAGGAAAUGUGCUCUGUUUUGACUUAUGAUAAUUCUCGAGGUUAUUUAGCCAAACUGACAAUUUCUUUGCUAUUUCUAUCCAUUCGUAAUUGCUUUAUGUGUUGCUUGAGUUGUACUAGUAAUUAAUUUUUAAUAGUUGGUGGAAUUAAACAUAGAAAAUCACAAUGUGGGGAAAUCCAAACAUGAAUCUGUCACUUUUACUGUGUAAACAUUCAAUUAUUAAUUAUUAAAAAUAAAAUGUCACAAAUUUGUAGAAUUUCAAAACAACUGGCCUUUUUAAAAUUUUAUCUUAUGGUAAUUUUGUUACGACAUUUGCGUGCUUAAUCUUGGCAACAAAUUACAAUAGUCCGAGAACUGUAUCUGUAAAAGUUUUAACAUUACCUGUGGCUGCCAAAUCAACCUUGCACGCUACAAAGCACUUAGUCUCAUAGCAUGUAACAAAGAGUGACAAAAAGUGCACGUGUUGAUUAGAAGUCACUACCCAACAUGACUGCCUUGAAGAACGAUUUUGUUUUACAAGCACGUGGUUUUUGUACAGACUAUUCAUUGCCAGUAAGCUCAUGUCCUCUCAGAGUACAGUGAUCAGUGUUGCCUACCUGAACAUGGUAGCACUAUGGACAUUAUUACAAAUCUUAGACCAGUUUUGUUGGUAGUUCAUGAUCAAUUUGUUUUGGAUUUUUUUUGUGCAAAAAUAAAGAUUUAUAUGAAAGUGGAAAUGAUUCUUGCAGUUGAAUUGACAACCUAAGCAGUUGAAAAAGAACCUGAAAAAAAUUCAAGCUUGACCAAGAAUCAAACCCUAUAUUUGCAAUGACUGGAUGCAAUGCUCUAUUCAUCGAGCUUAUCAAGCUAACUGAAGAGCAGGCCAUUGUGAGUUCAUAAGAUACCCAAUGGUGGAAAUGACACGAAUUAAAAUAUAUAAAAUGAAUCAUACCGUAAAAUUCCGAAAAUAAGCCCCGGGGCUUGUAUUUUACAAAGGCCCUUUUUGAGGGCCUUUUUUUUGGAGGGGCUUAUCUACGGAGGGAUAUUUGCGUUUCAAAAUUGAUUGGGCUAGCCUUAUGGUUGGAAAUAAAUGUACUGUUUUGGCUUUGUUUUACUUUGUAUUUGAAGCCAAUUUUUCAAGUACAAGUCCCCGGGGGGCUUAUAUUUGGAGGGGCGAUUUAACGGAGGGUUUUUUGCGUUACCAGUUUGGGGGGCUUAUACGUGGAGGGGCUUAUUUUCGGAAUUUUAUGGUAUUUUGAACUGUGGAUAAAGAUAUGAAAGGGACCAUUACAAAUACGUAAAAAAUUUCAGGCUAGACCAGGAAUCAAACCCUGACCUAUGCAAUGGCGUUGUAAAUAUUCUCUUUCUCUUAAUUACUUUGUUUCUAGGGAGAGGAUCAAGCAGGAAGUAUAAGUCCAGCAAAAACAACAGCUCCCUUUCUGUGAGUAAAUGCAUUUUAAUUAUGGGAUUUAACAGUCAAAUUUACAAGGUUGAAAAAUACACUAACCUUGAUCUUCCAGUCAGGUCAGGCCAUUAAUUUCUUAUUCAGCUCUAAUUGCUAGUUUGAGACUGAAAAUGAAAUCUGUGAAAAGAGAAGAAAUAUUAGGCAUAAUGUUAUUGUGUCAAGGUAUUUUAAUGCCUUGAACACAAGCAUUUUUUCUUGAUGUUUUUGCUUGAUCAUUUGGUGUGUGCUAAUUUGAGGGGGAACAGUACCUCUAAUUUGCAAACCAGAAUGGGUUUUUUGUCUCCCAGUCAGACAACAUGUGAGAAAUAAAGGAAAAACAUUCCCUCACCUGGAUUAAACAUAACCACAAAAUUCACCAUCCUCCAAUACAACUUCAGUGUGACAGUGUCUGUUAAAAAUUAACUGUAACAAACCAAAAAGAAGAGAAAACAUGUAACAUGGGAGGAGUGGUACUGCACAAAGGUCUCCUAGCUGCCUAUCCUAUUUGUAACUUCUAACUGCAACUGUAAAUAGUACUUUCAACGCAUGUUUAAAAUGUGCCUUAAAAUAAUACUUGAUUGUCACAUAAAAACUUGUUUUUUGCAUGGAGCUUAUAUUUUGAAAUAUUUUCCAAAAAAUUCUGCACACACUGACAAAUAUAGAAGUCAUUGUUAUUGCCGUUACUGUUGCUGCUGAUGGACUAAAAGCAUGCAGCUCAAAAAAUUCCAACUCUUGCACAACCUGCAUUUCCUUUAUUGACAUUAUCUUUGUAUGGUCUAUUGAGGAAGAAUUGUUGACUUUUUUUCAAAAAAUUGCCUGUGUUAAGUCUGAAGUCUAAAACAGCUGUUAAAGUAGAAAGAAAAGGCUGCCAAAUUCUUCACCUGACUGUAGAAAUUGUGGUUUCCUCUUUCGAGAUAAAAUUACAACUGAAUAGGCCCGGUUCUGGCAAGAAUCGUUGACACCUUUUGUCACAUGAUAGCCUAAUUAUAACUUGAGUGCUUGUGAUUGGUAAAAAACAUAACCAAGAUCAUUGUUUGGAUGAAAGUAUCAUCUUACAGUAAUUAGAUUAUAGUCCUAAUGUUGCCCGCAUGAGGCGCUGUUAGGAAGCAGAUUAAAUAAGCCAGACAAUACUUGGCCUGUUUUUUAGUGCAGUGAAUUUGCUAAAAGGUUUUUCCAUGUGGAGACAUCCAUAUCCUCACCAGAGGCCUUUACUUCCUUACCAUGCCAGGGGAAAGGUAUUACUGAUAUCUCUGAGUGCAUUUGAAGCAUUUCUGUUGAGCUGUGUUGUUUGAAUAUUGGGUUUAUUUAUACGGAUGUCACAUCACUUUGACUUCAAGAUGUGUCCUCAGAGAUGAAACAGAAGGUCUUAAAUUUUACCUGUGUCAUUUCUCUCAGCUAAGAUUUUGAUCCUAAAUCAGUCAUAACAGGAUGUAGAUAAGCUUUGGGAAGAUUUUAGAACCUCCAAGAGCUUUUAAAAGUGGUUUCUUGAUCCCAUAUGCUGAGUAACUUGAAACAACUGUUACUUUACUGUGACCCCCCUGUGAAAAGACAAUUUGCAUGUGCUUUUGCUCCCCAAUUAUUGUUCUCAAUAAAUAUGUAAGAGGGUUAUAUUAGGGAGUAUUUUGACAAGCCAGCUUUUAGAAGUGACUCCUGUCCUGAUAUACCUCUUGAUCUUGUUUUAUCUUUGUGCAUGCUUUGGCAUCCUAAAUGCAUCUUUGUCAUUCUUUUGAGCGCUAAAAUUAAACACUUUCUCCUUCGUAUUUCAGGUCUAUUCGCCUGGCGCUGAUGAUAUAAUGCCUCAUCCUGGAGAUGCCCUAACUCAAUCUCAUUACUCUCCAAAAGGAGGAAUAUAUGCUGAUGCAUACUACAUGGGUAAGAAGGGAUUAUAUCAUCUUAAUUUGCUACAACUAACGGAUCUCGUGGCUUGUUCUGCUGUCCUUCAUCUUGAACAAGAUUCUCCUUGCUAUAUAUCUACUCUCUACAUAUCUUUUCUGAUGUGGAUUGAACUUUCUUUCUUCUGCCUCAUAGGUAACCAUCAUUAUUGCAGUUUGGUACAUGAAACAACAAAAUUUAUUCAAGAAAUAAUUAGAGCAAGUUUAGUUUACGUACCUGAGGUCUCUCUCUCUGGUCUUGAUAGCAAGCCCUUUCAUAAACAACAGUUUUUUUCAAAUACCUUCAAAUAUCAUAAAGCGAAUGAAGUUUUCUCUGCUAUCCACAAAAUAUAUCACUUUGUGAUGAUUGGAUGAAGCUGAAGAUCUAGAAAUGAGAAGAAAGGACCAAACCUUGAUGCCACUUCAACAUCUUGUUGGAUUGAAAUGGUCAAGUCACACAUAGCACAUGUGUUAAAGAUGGUGUUGUUCAACUGACUAUUAAUGAUUACAAGUCUGUUGAAGACCUGCAGUGGCUUAAAUACGCACAUGAUGACUUUUUCAUUGCAGGCCAUUUUCAGAAGUGUGGUGUGCACUGGCUGUUUUAUACAUUUAUACUCUUAAGCACUUGAUUUGUGGUUUCCAGCUGAAGUAACAUUAUUCUGUCAUCAGCCAAAUGUGUGUUUUAAAUCAAGAGUGUAGCGUAAACCCUUCUUCAGUCCAAUUUCCUCUCAUGCGGGAUUUCUGGUUUCUUUAUACAAGCAUAAUACUCAGUCAAUAUUAUUUUGAAUAGCCUUAUAGAAGUAUGAGAAAUACUCAUGCAUGCAGCCGACUCAGUUUCUCCAAAAUAAUUGUACAGAUAAAAGUUUAGAGCAUUCUAACAAGAUAGCCGCUACCAUUUUGAUUAUAGAGACUGCUGGUUGUUUCUUUGCUUUUGUGUUGGGUUGUAGUAGCAUCUGGCUGAUAGAUUAUUGACGCACCAGAUGAGAAUGAUAAACCAACAUCUUGACCAAAGAUGCUCUGCAUUUCUUUUGUUUGAUCUGCUUUUUAACUUAAGUCUUGAUUGUCAUUAAUAUAAAAGGAGCUUAACUCUGCCCAGAUUUAGUUUUUGAAUUUUCAGACAGCAUAAACAUUUGCUAGUUUCAUUUUCCAUUCAGGGCUUGCUAUCAAAAUCUUAAUUACUUAUUUGACUGAAAUUUCUGAUGGUCACCGAUUCCAUGAAUUCCUUAAGUUUUUUUAGUGUUGCCCUUCUAAUAUAAUGCAGAACAUUGUUAUUGUUUGUUAAACUAUAUUACACCUUUUUUGUUUACUCCUUGUUUAAUUCAUUGAUCUCAUGUUUAUUGAGAAGUAGGUUUGUGUGGUGUAUCAAUAAUAAUCUAUUUUCCCCCAAACAUCAGACAUUGAAAAAGGAACUUUGUAUCUUAAGAGAGAUGAUCGAAACCCACUGACCUCCCUUUCUCUCUGGGCAACAACAAUGUUGUAGACAUCUUUUCAUCCUGAUUCUGUCUUUUGAGUUUUUCUUACUUAGAAAAUAAAGUAGGAAUUAUUUGUCUUCUCAUACAUGUUGACAAUAAUUACAUUUAUUGCUAAUCAGCCACAACAUAACCAGGGAAGAUUUCUUAGUCCUUCACCUGGGAAGGUUUCUUAGUCCUUCUCCCAUUGUUAUUUUAUAACUAAAAUGAUUGUUAAGGAAAUAUGAAAUGGCUCUUUUUGAAUGAUAUCUAUGCAGUGUUUCCUCCUAACAAUUACCAUUCAGUUAAUAUUUCUCCAGUAAUCAGUUUAAUACACCUACAUUACAAAACAGCCAGAGUGAAGUCUUCUGACUAGACUGAAAGAUUAUUUCAACUGGAAAUGUUAUAAAGAGGCCACUACAGUCACCCUAGUUAUAGUAUUUUCCGGUUAUUACAAACAGAUUUCUCACAUGUUAACCCUUAAUAAGCCCCAAUAUCCAAAUACAAAUUCUGCAGACUGAUCUCCAUACAUUUCCUUAAAGAAUUGGCUGAGAGGAUUUGUUUGCUGAUCAAAACUUUUCCCAUCAGGUGAUCAUUUCAUUGAUUCUCACAAUAUUAUCUCUAGAUUGUCUAUUGAUAAUGUUGAGAGAAAACUGACUUUGGUCACUCUUGGGUCUUAAAGAGUUAAUCUCUUUUGUUUCUCUGGACAGAUCAUGGUUCACCUGAUCCAUGGGGGCACGCAGGUCAGCUUGGCCCAGGAUCUUAUUCAGGCUCAGCGGGGCCAUAUGGCAGUGCUUACGGCACACACCCAAGGGAUAGCAUGGUACGUUGUGUAUCUUAACUGUGUGCGCAGUUUGGUCUUUGCAUUUUCUUUGAAGAUGGGUUGAUUUUUGGAUUGAUUUUAGUGAGGGGUUUUGUUUAUUUGUUUGCUUUUAGAGUGAUGUACGUGGUAUUCCUGUUUCAGCCUUUGCAAAGGGCUCAGCCAUUCACCAGUCUAGGGUGGGCACUUAUUUAUGGUGUUAUAUACACACGUUGUAUAACAGUCAACUCUGUGUUGACGACUUCUUUCAAGUUGCUUCAAAGUGCUAACCAUUACACUUGGUGAAUGUAAAGCUCACUGUUGUAGUUAAGGGUGUUGGGUUGUUGUUUCAUUUAUAAUGCUUUGAAUGAUGGCUAUGGGUUGAUCAAAAUGUAACAGACUUAUACAAUAAGCUUGCAGUUACUUCCUUAACCAAACUUGAAUGUUCUUUCGUACUAAUUUUGUGUACAAUGAUAUUAACAGCAGUAAUUAUUACUCUGUGUAACAAAUGCCAACACUAAAGAGCCUCUCUUCUGUAGAAUGUUAUUUGCAAAGCUCAAACUAUAUGUUACCCUAACUGAACUUAACAAUAAAAGAUUACUAUUCCACAUGUUAUGGAAAAAGUGCUCACUGAACAUUGAUUAGAUAAUAAUUUAAUUUCUUGUUGCUUUAAACAGCAACAACUUAGUUUUUUCUUUACAUUGAAUUUCUGCAUUUUCCUGCAACAACAAAGCUACAGCAGAACCCAAAUAACUCAAAUUCCCUCUAACUCGAACUAAAUUUCCUCUGCCUUCAUCAAAAUUUCACUGAAAUUCACCCUGAUAGCUUGAAUUGCCCUGCUAACUCGAACUGUUUUUCAUUUCCCUUCAGAGUUCGAGUUACCAGGGUUCUACUGUAUUUGUUUUUCUGAAAAGAAAACAUCCUAUUAAAAUGCACAAAAAAAUUUUGUGGCAAGUUACAUGAGAGCAAGUGGAAAGCAAACCUGGUAACACGGGCCAAUAUGCACCUUAAAUCCUCGUCAUUUAUGUGGAAGGUUUUGAUCAUGAAUUACCAGUAUCUACCACUGUAAUUAGUCUGGAUCUUGACAGAUGAUGUAACAUUGUUCGUGUAUAAUAUGAAUUUAUGAAAAGCAAAAGUUCAUUUUGUUUCCAAUGAAUUUGUAUCUUCUCAAUUUUUCACAGGGAUACCAUCACUUGGGCCAUGGGGAGCCAAUGGACAGACUUUCAACAUUACCACCAAUGACAUCCUUUAGACAGUCCGGUAUGCACCAUGGACCUUCGUCUCCAUAUCUACACUCUUCAGUAUCACCCCCUCUAAAUGGAAAUGAUCCCAUGGGUAAGCAUUACACAGUAAAAACACAGAAGUAAGAACCUGCAUUUUCCCAAGUUAGCCUAAACAGGAUCUUACAUAAAUAGUAAUUAGCACAAAUUUACACUAUUCAAGUUCUUAAAAAGGUCCUUAUUUUCAGAAGAAAAAUAAUAUAGCUAAGCUAGGUUUAUGUGAGGUAAAUGUAGCCUGCAUAGUGAACGAAAUCAACCAUCUGCAGUAAUCAGCAGUUAAUUCUCUCUGUCUAUGGCUACAGGUGUAGCCUGAUGAAACUGUUUAUUGUAUGUUCUGUCAUUUAAGAAGAGCCAUUCAGUUGUGUUUUUAUUGUAUUUUUUAUUUUUAUCUGUAGCUGCUCACAGCUCCAGAGCACCAACGUCUGGCUCACAGACUGGGGACACUCUAGGAAAAGCCUUAGCAUCAGUAAGUGUGAGAGAAUUGUUUAAAUGGCCAAAAUAAAUUAUUUUCCUCGCAGGAACAAAGCAGGCAAUCCAAAACAGGCAAAAUAGGCCCACCUUGCCUAGUUUGGUAGCCAAUAAAAACACAGUGGUCACCUUCCGAUCAAUCAAGGCUUCUAGGAAACUGCCUAACUACCCCUCCCCUAAGCCAGCAUUUUGCCCUAAGUGACAAGUAAGUGUUAAUGCUGGCUUAGGGGAGGGGUAGGUGGUCAGUGUCCUAGAAACCUUAAUUUAUCCCCUCAUCUGGCUUUUGGGUCAGAGGUAUACAUAUCAAGGAGUCUCAUUGACCCUACAUUUGAGCUUAAGCUUUAAAGUAAUAAUUACGUACUAAUGUAAUUAGUCUGCAAUUUGGCUACCAGGGUUAACAAAUGAGAUUAUUUUUGAAACGUGUAUUGCAGUCACUUCUUUGUUGGGUGGCCCUCUGUUAAAUAAGUAGUAAAUGAGUAGUACAUCCUAACUCUUGCCACUUUCCCCAGGAGAGCUGCUUAAUAAUUUCAUUUGCCUUAAGUGUGAAACAUCAAAAUAAAUCAACCACUUAUGUUGUCAAUAAUUAUUCCAGGACACUCUUAAUAAACAUGUAGAUGAUAGUAGCAGACCCACCUACAUUAAAUGUGUUGUGCAAUGUAAUACUAAAUAACAAUAGAGUUUAAGAUUCACAUAUUUGUACCACAUGACCCAAGUAAUUUCCCCUUAAUUGUAAUAUACUGUUUAUUACUUAUGCACAAAAAUAGUUUCAAACCAGUUUUAUCCAUAAGAAUUGUUCUGAACCGUUUUUAUCUGCUUAUUUUCUAUUCUGAGAAAUUCUCAACUUGAAUCUGACGUUUGCGACUCUUAAUCUCUCUAAUCUAACGAUAAACUGUUUUGUAGAUUUACCCAACAGAUAAUGGUGGAUCAUACUCAUCCAACCCAUCAACACCAGUUGCUUCUCCUCCCCCUUUGGCACCUGUAUCAGAAAGGCCCUUGUCAGGUACAGUCAAAUAGAAGUUCAGUAGAACUCUGAAGGGAAAUGAGAAAAACAGUUCGAGUUAGCAAGGAAUUCGAGUUAUUGAAGUAAAUUUCAGUGAAAUUUUGAUCAAGGGUAAGGAAAUUUUGUUCGAAUUAGCAGGGAAUUCGAGUUGUUAAGAUUCUACUGUAAUACCACCGCUCAUCUAGACAGAUUUCAUUCACAACCUUUUUUAGCUUAGGUAGUUAGCAACACACCAUUCAAGACUUGGCAUUGUUUGAGCAUUCUGUUUAAUGGUUACCACUAGGAUGUCAACCGAAGACUCAACAAUUGAAUGGUACACAGCAACAUAAGCAUGUGUGGAUGUGUUCUAGGGAUUCAGCUAACAGCCAAUGUUUACUUAGAUACCUUCCAGUGCUCUGGCAUCGAGAAGAACCAUUUUAAUGUUUUCAUUUUACAAGAAUGUCUUAACAUUUGUUGUUGUCAUCGUGCUGUGCAUGUCUUACACUCCGUGAUUGCAAGUACUGCAAUUUGGAAAUAGUUUCCAUUUUCCAUUAGUUGUCGUUCUUGUUGGCUUUGUUUCACUAUUGAUUAAAGAACUUAAACAACUGUUGCUUUCUAUGGAGUUACGCAUCGUGCUUUGUGUACUCAAAAAGUUGUACAUGGCAAUCAUUUUUUUUUUUCUAUUUUCAUUCCAGCCGGUUCAGGAGCUUCAGGCCAUUCUGCAAGCUGGGGAAGGACAACUCAACCAACCUCGCCUCCGUAUGAGAGCCACCUACACUCUCUAGUAAGCAACAUAACUGUUUUCAUUCAAAUUAAGCACUAAGGAGUUUAGGGGAAGGUAGAUGCUCCUUAUCUGUUUGCAGUUGAUGUAGCUCUCUGCCACGGCAUUUUAAUAAAUGGGUAAAGAGUGAUCUUGAUGAAGUUGCAAGUGUCUACAACAAAGAUUAAAUGAUUGCAUAGUGUUUGGAGUUUUUUUUGAAGUCUUAAAUGCAAAUAUGUGCCCUGACCUUCUACUUAGUGGGAGAGAAUCAAAAUUACUGCAAAAUAUAUUUCCUCUCCAUUAAUUCCUUGUAGUAUUGUCCUCCACAGCAAAGUCGGAUGGAGGAAAGGCUUGAUGAUGCUAUUCAUGUUCUGCGUACCCAUGCUGAAGGAAGUCUCCCUCCUGGCUUAGCUAGUAGCCUACUGAGUGCAGGAGCAGCAGCGGCGGCAGCAGCAGCAGCAGGUGGUGCUGGUGUUCAAGGAGUAAGCUAUUCCACAUCUGUGGGCAGUAGUGUACCUUCAGUUGUGCAACCCAUGGAGCAAAUGGUGAGCCAAUCUUUUAACCCCUCUCACAUCCUAAAGUACCAACGUCAAAAUUCAGGAAAAUGUUGAAAUUUCAUUUUGUACUAUUCUGAAAGACAAAUGGUGCCAUGUGAGAUUACUUCUGAAGAGGUUUCAUUCGAAUGGUCACACCAUACGAUUUCGUCCACAGACUCAAAAGUUAGAACUACCGGUACAUACUAAAUGUGUAGAACCAUGUGAAAGUACUGCUGAAGAGGUUUCAUUUGAAUGGUAACUCCACAGGAUUUCAUCCACAGACCCAAAAGUUAGAACUACGUACUAAAUAAGUAGUACCAUGUGAAAGUACUGCUGAAGAGGUUUCAUUUGAAUGGUAACUCCAUAGGAUUUCAUCCACAGACGCAAUUUAAAAUCACCUCACAAGACGCCAUCAUUCAUUCAGUAUGAGAGUGAAAUGGUUAAUUCACUGUCAGGCUUUUCUGGGGGAAAGGAGAUGAGAGAAGCAAAAAGGGGAGAGAGCAAAAUGAGAGCUCUCUUUCUCUCUCUCUCUCUUCCCCCUCCCCUCUCCCUCCUCCCACUAAAAUCUCCUCUCCUCUAACCCCUAAGGGAAACCGGUCGUUACGAACCCAAACGGUGAAACUGCACAAAUUUUCUUUCACUUUGAAUAUAGUUUGCGCGUGAACGAGAAAAAACGUUUUGGGUGAAUAUUCUUUUUCAAGUAUUUUUACAGCUCGACUGAAUAAACUUGUAUCAAAACGACUAAGUAAGGCCUGAUACUCGGGCUAAUUAGCUGUUGUCCAAAUAGAAAUAUUUAUAAUUUAGACAUCUGUAAGAAUUGCACCUGCACAUAGGUUGCUGUUUGACAAAGGAAACAAAAAUGUGUCAUAAUUAUAGAUAACUGUGCUGAUUUAUUUUCAUCACUCGUGUUUUUUUUUUUUUUUUUUUCCAGAGUCACAGUGGAAUGGAAGAUGACCAUGGCAUGACAUCUCCUAGUAAUUUAUCAAGUAGAGGAGCAGGCUCACAAAUGUCCCCAAGUAACUCGGAGACCAGUGAAUCAAGAUGUAUGCACCACAUUUGAACUUUUCCUUGUACUUGUGUAGUGACCAACAUCAAUUUUCUCCUAACAAUAUCUAUACAAUGUCAAGAGAUUAGGUUAUGAGAAUUAAUUAAAUGAUCACCGAAGAGAAAAUGCUGUGAUCUUUUAUCAAACUCUCUCAACUUAUUCUGUCAAGAAAUGUAUAGAUCAGUUUGGAGAAUUUGCUUGUGGAUAUUGGGGCUUAAAGGGUUAAGGCAUUUAAAAUGUAAAUUUCAGUUCAGUAAUUGAGGAUACAAUCAAACCCCUCUUUACAUAACAUGUCUCUGUAAUGGUCAGCUCUCUUGUUCCCUAGGAUACCACUUUAUACAUUUCUUACCUCUGAUGAGGACAUGUCAGUUAUGUGGAUACUUAAUUUUAAUCUUUUGGUGUAUGUAUCGAGGUGUUUUGAUUGUACCUCUAUUGUUGCGACAAACUGUGAAAAAUUCACUGUCCUCUCAAUGAUAUUGACUCUUCCCACUUUAUAACAGUUAUAGCCAAAUCUGUUUAUUAGGGUGGGUAAGCACUUACUUCAAGGUGGUGCUGUUUGUAACCUAAAACUUUAGAAUUUAUUCAGUUUUGUUGAUUGGCUUGAGGAUGAAAGUGGACCUCAACAUCUUCCUAGGGGAGGUAUCUGUUAUCAAUAUUAAUUUAUUAGUGUACAGUGAAAACCCGUAACUAAGAAACCGCAUUUUCCCAAGUUAGAAUAAACGGUCCUUACCUUAAGUAAUAAGCCAUUUCCGAGUUCCUCCCAGGGCCUCUGUAUCAAAACGAGGUUAAGUGCUCAGCCUCUGAUAUGAAAAUGAUUUUUUAGUCUCAUGCAAAUAGAAUUCAUUUCCACAAGAAAGGUUGUGCACUUGGCCUCAUUUUGAAAGUGAGGGUUUUUGGGAACUCGGAAGUGGCCUAUUAGCACAAGUUUAGGCUAUUUGGGUUCUUACAUGUAAAUAGGUUCUUAUUUUCUGAGGAAAAAACACAUUACAUAGCUAAGAGAAUUAGUGGUAUUCAGGUCAUUUCUUAGGUAAAACUUGUAUACCAUUAGAAUUGCAGCUGGACUAAUAAGGCUGAAUGUUGACUUAACUUAUUUGCCUAAGUGUACAGAAUUUUCUAAAGGAUUUUAGAAAAUAAGAACCUGUUUCAAAUUUUAGGCUUAACUGGUUCUUGUAUAAAGGGGGCCUAACUGACCAAUUUUAGUCUAAGAGGCUCUUAAAACUCGGGUUCCUAGUUGCGGGUUUUUACUGUAUAUACAUGUACAGUGAAGAAAACGUUUCCUGACUAACUCUUCUGUCACAAGACUAGUUUAGUCUAAAACAAUGCUGUAUAUUGCAGUGGUGAAAAGUGGUGUUUAUCUACUUGUAGAUGGCUCUAAAAUGGAUACUGGCGAGGGCUCAAAAGGGAGCAAAAAAUCGUCAUCCGAACAAGACAUAAAGAGCAGUGGGGAUAUUGGAGAGGAUAUAAACAACAGGGACUUGGUAGUGGAUGACCUUGAUGAUGACGAUAAAUUAACAGACGAUGGUAUUGAAGAGGGGGGCAGAGUCAGAGUUGUGCGAGAACAAGAAAGAAGAUAUGCCAAUAAUGCCAGAGAAAGGUACAGAAUGAUCCACUUCCUCUCUUUCAUAUCACUAACUAAUAGAUGUUAUCGAUCGUUUCGAUACAAGAUUAUUCAGUCGAGUUGUAAAUAGUUUCAAGUACUUGGCUUGGUUUACGGUCAACUCGCCCAAAAGUCAUCUCGCCCAAAGUUUUGUCGCCCGAAACCAGAGUUAUGUCGUGUCGCCCGAAAUUUUUACCCAAGUAGCCCGCAAUUUUAUCAUGCUCAGCAACAUCCUUACAUCUUAAUCGCGCUUAUUUCGUUUCAUCAAAUCUUUAAAUGAACAAGAUAUGUUACUCUUUUGACGUUCUUGUUUCGUUUCAUUAAGGCUAAAAGAACGGGAUCCGAUACACAUCCAUCCCGCUUCUUUCAACUUUUACAGAGUUGAUUAGGAUUCCAUAGGCAGGAUUGACAGGAUGCUGUUGUGUCGUUCAAAAUCUUGUCUAAGAUCCCAUAGUAUCUUGACUAAAAUUAAUAACGAUUUUAUAGGAUUUUGUCUAGGAUCCUGUGAGAUCCCAUAGGAUCUUGUAUGAUUCCACUGUUAAAAAUUUUACAGAGUGCUGUGGAGUCCUUUCAUGCUUGUCUAAGAUCCCCUACCCAUCCCAUAGGAUCCUGUAAAAUCACCAUAGCAUCACUGCCUAAAGAACGAGACUUUUACACAAUUAUCCCGCUUGUUUGGCUCAUUAUCGCUUACAGAACGAGAUGUAUUACAUACACUCUUUAUUAAAAUUUCGGCCCACUUGAAUCGACAUUCUUCGGACGCGAUGACUUUCGGGCGACUUGACCCGUUACCACUCAGCUUAAAGAAACUCGGGUCAACAUUAUCUUAUUUCCGGGUUAGUACUAUUUUGCCUUUUAACAAAUGGGCCCAGGAACUUUAUAUCCCACAAAUUCAGAGUGCUUUUACUUGUAAUUUAACUUAAGGACUUGUGACGUAAUUAGAAAGAAGGUAGUAGUGACGUGUGAAAUUGAGGGAAUAUCGAUGUCGAGAAAAAUAUUAUUUUAUAUAUUACAAAUUUCUGCCUCAGAAUGAAAAGAAGUUGUCUGUAAAGGGUCAAAGUGAAAUAAAUGAUUUUCCCGAGGUCCAAUUUCACAGGGCUCGAAAUUAACGCUCGCAAACUCGCAAAGUGGGAGUGAUUUUGAUAAUUUGCGAGUGAGAAAAAUAUCCACUAGCAAACGUUUGUGAGUUAGAAUCAUUUGUGUCUCUCAAACAAAAGGAAAGAACUUGCUAGUGGUCUCACCAGUUUGCUAGUGGAAAAAAUCUUACUAGCAAAACUUUGCAAGUGCACUAAAAAGUUAAAGGGGCUGUGUCACGGCAGUCCAGUUCAGUUUGUUUAAUUUUGCCAAUUACUCGCCCUCAAUUGCUAUGGAACUUAAAGUAAGCAAAGAAAUUACAUGUAAAUGACAAAAUCAGAGAUCCGAGACAAACAAAUAUGUCUCCUGAGCAUUAUUUUUGAAGUUGCAAGCAGCAGUGAUCAACUUUGAAAAACUGUUAGGCUGAACAGUUUUCAAAAACCCUAAUUUCAAUCCGUUUCAAUCUUCUUUUGUUUUGCCCAUCCGUGGCAUCUGUUGUUUCUGUUAUGUUAUUUUAAUUUUUUAAGCGGUUAUUUUUUUUGUUUCUCUUAAUUUAACGGGUAUUUUGUACUUUCCUAAUUUGGCUGAAUUUCGUCACACAGCUCCUUGAACUUCGAGCCCUGUUCUUGUUCUCUAGCCAUUAGUAGACAUUUGUCCUGUCACCUUGCCUUAACAGGUUGAGAGUUCGAGACAUAAAUGGAGCGUUCAAAGAAUUGGGACGAAUGUGUAUGAUGCAUUUACAGGGUGACAAAGGCAAUGCUAGUUCUAAACAAACUAAGGUGAGAUACAGAACUAGCUAUCUACAACUCAAACAAUGAUGACUGUUUAUUACAGGAUGAGGGUCCGAGACAUCAAUGGUGCCUUCAAAGAAUUGGGCCGAAUGUGUCAAUUACAUUUACAGAACGACAAACCCCAAACAAAGGUAACAUUCAACAGGUCUUAUAAUGACAGUUGUAGAUGUCUCAUGAACAAGAGUUGUUGAGGCAGCUUGUUAAUCUCUGCCGUGGCACUGUUUGCUUCUGCGACCAAGAUCGUGAGGACUCAGUAGAACUCCCUGAUUCUAACAUAGUAAAGCUCUGAAGUGGGACCCCGAUGAACGUUUGAGGAACGUCUUAAAUUCAUUUUGUAAAUCGCAAGAGAACAAAAAAAUAGUACCAACCUAAAACAUUGCCCGAGAGGUUUCUAUUGAAUUGGUACAACAAGUUCUUUCUUCUCUAAAUACAGAAUCAGUGACAGAUAGAUACAGGGUUGUAAAGCGCUUUUUAUAGUAAUUUUGCAACUGCUUUGGUUUUGUGUUUGAGUGAAAAACAUCUUGCCACGUUUUCAGCCAGUGAACGCAAGACCAAAACCAGUGUUGACUUGAUAGAUCGCGUUUUCGUUUCCUCCGAUAUUUGAUUCGUUUAUUAUAUUGCCUGCUCUUAUUGCGAUCCGCUGAUGUUAUGACUCGGUUUGGGUUGUACAAUACUGACAGUUUCCCUUGGAUUAAUUGGUAGAAUGCGUGGCGCCCAGUUACAUCUCUAUACAGUUACUUACAUCUCCACAUCCAGGGUGAUGUGCUCGUUAUUCUUCAAUUCUUCUUAUACACUAAAUUGCCGCUUUCAGUUCGUUUCAUUUCACGAUUUGUACUUGUUUCACCUUUACCGUGCUUCUUUUAUGACACGUGUCUUUUUUUCACAGCUUGUCAUUCUUCACCAAGCAGUGUCAGUUAUCACGAGUUUGGAGUCUCAAGUGCGAGGUGAGCUUUUGACUUGUGUUAUCGUGUGCGUCUACGAACACGUGAUUAUUGUGAUGAUGAUGAUAUUGAUGAUGACGACGAUGAUUUACAGUGUUUUUAGUUUGUUUGUUUGUUUGUUUGUUUGUUUGUGUCGUGUAUGCCAAAAGCUGUUUUGUUUUGAGAAGUAGGGAAAACGUAUAUCAAAGCUCGAGUAAGAUUUGAAAGUGUUUUUAGUUAACUCUCUAACUUGCUUAUUUUGGCUUUACAGAGCGAAACUUGAACCCAAAAGCAGCUUGUCUCAAGAGGCGGGAAGAAGAAAAAGUAGAAGAAGAGGCGCCUGAAAAGAGAGCUGUACCAGGUGUGGACAAACCAUUCGAUACCCCAGGGGCAGCUGCUGCUCGAGGAAGAGGUCGACGGGGUAGAAGGUCCUCAAGAGGUGAGUGGGUGUUGUUUCCAUUAAGAGAGAAUGAUGGAACAGAAAAGUAAUCUUAAGGCGUUGGCCGGAAUAUGUGAAUUUCAGUUAAGUUAUUUUUAAAGGUUUUAAUGAAACAGAAGUCUUUUUCCUAAGAGGUCCGCACAUUUUUAUCGAUUGUUUGAAAUGUCAUCAAGUCCAGGCGCAACUGCCUGAAAACGAACAAUGUAGGAAUAUUGUAAUGGCUAGUGUUGAUUUCUGUCUUGACAACACGAAAACUCUUCCUUAAGGCCUGUCUAAAUUUACAGUUAAACUGGAUUCUGACAGUGCCUUUAACCUGAAAAGCAGCGUUAUAGCGCGACCAUUCAAAAAUAACUGUUUUUUAACGUGGUAAAGUUACCCUGCUCUCUUUAGGUUGAUGGGUUGUUGUUUCUAUAGGCCAAAAAAGAAAAAAGACCCUCACCUUGUCGUUUCUAUUAACAGGGGCCUUUAACGGAGGGGGCCGAGGCAUGACUUGUGGACCUUUAGACGGAUACGAAUCGACGGACCAUGGAGAUCCACCCUCCUUAAAUGCGUGACAAAAGUAAACAUGGAACAAAGUUUUUAAUGGAUAAAAAAGCUAUCAGAGUUUUAUGUAAUUUACAGAUAAAGUACUAAAUGCAGGAAAAUAAGUUUAGACAAAAGAAGCAAAAAAAAGAGAAACUAUUUCAUCCACAUUGUCAACAUUUUCACUUCUUUUUGUUCAUGACACUAUUUGAAUCAUGAGGCUUUCACGAACAAGGCUGCUAACCUUAUUGUCGUGAUUUCUAUCCAGAGUAACGAGACAGAGGUCAGUUAUUAUCAUGGUCACAAAUGAAGGUUGAACACUGUCAGCCAACGAACUCUGUGGCCGUAUGUGGUAACCGUUGAGCUACUGUGAGUGUCAACAAUCCCUCACGCCUCGACUCUCUUAGGAAUGAAACCCGAUUUUUGUAUUCCUACGGUUGAUUCGAUAUCCACGCGCCUUUUUUUUCAAACUCUAAGUUCGUGCCAAGUCGUACAAAAUUCUGCUCUUAAGUUGUAAAUAGAAAAUUACGUCCAGCCCUUCAAUCGUCUUAGUUCUAUGUAACAACGUAUUUUAAAACCAUUUUGAGCUUUAAUCGUGUUCUGUAGCAACCCACAUUUCGUCAUCACCAAGGUUCCAUAAGAUCAAGGAAUUGAUCAUUGUGUUCUUGCUUGACACUAAAACUUUCUAACACCGUCCGUGUCCGUCCUUUCCCUCGAGAUGUAGUGUUAAUGUUGGUGUUGCUCUACAGAACGCUUUUAAUUGGGCGAUUACCAUCCGUAUACUUGUCGCUUAGACUACCAAGCAUUUUAGAUGAUAUUUUUAUGAAUUACAGUAACUAUUUAGAAUAACAAUAGAGUAGUCGCGUAAUAUCCAGACUCGCUCCCGGGCCUUUAUUGUUUUUAGAACGAAAGAAGAUUGGAUGCAAGUGAAGCGAUGUUAUAGACAAGCAAACAAAAGCAUGCUACACUUACGUCCAGUGCCUUCUCGUCCUUCAGUAAAAAAGGAAAGGUGACGAAUCUGUCUUGAGUAUUUCCCUUUGUAACGUAAUCACCCAGACACGGCCUAUCUAGCUAUGUAUUUAUCCCGAGCGCCGUUUUAGAGGUGUCCACUUACAGGUAUAUUCUAUACCUUCAAGAAAAAAAAUCCGCAUUAGCUACCAUCAUUCCAGACUGCUCCUCUCUUUCUGCCUGCAGCAUAUCUAUUCUAUGCCACAGAUAUCAAACGCUCGCCCUAAUUUGGAGAUUUUGUACAAAAGAUUAAGAACCUCUAGUUAUAGGCUCGAUUUCCGUCGGUUCUCGUUCCUCCCCCUCUCCGAGAAGAGCCUAGGGACCUUACGAUCCGACUACCGCGACUUCCAUGAAAACCUCGCUGAAAAGUAGACUCCGCAUCCUCUCAAAACAUUUCGCGAUUAUCCCAAGUCGCCUAGUUACUUAAAAGAAGGGAAUUUAUGUUGAAGCUGAAGAGAGGGGGCCACGCCCGAGUUCAGACAGAGACGGUAGAAUUUAUCGCCUUGCCGUUCUCGUCUUUCAAAAAAACUUAAAAUUUGGUCUUUUUACGUCGUAGUCGUGCAGGGACGGCAGAGAAAUGUACAAAAAAGCCUGCUGCACGUGCAAAGUUGUUGUUUUGCCAACUAAACCUAUUGCUUUUUGACGUUGCUGUUCCCUUCGCCGUCUUAGUUUCGUAAGGUCCCUACUAUUCGAGGGAGGGGCACGAACUCAUUUCCCGAACAGCGGCUGGUAAUAGAGCCUACGCUAGUUAUAGAUACGAACCGCUUUUUCUGAGCUGUAUCUGGGUGAUAAUUUAAUCACUGGAUCGCCUUACGGCAUUGUUCGGUAAUAGUAGAGAAAUAGUCGCUGAUGUACAUAGAACUAAAUCCUGAUCAGUGAAAUAAAUGACUAACUUGCAUACGAUGUUUUGCCGCAAAAUUUUGAUGACUAAAAAUACGUGCUACUCGAUCUGUCAUUUUUUCCUUAUGUUGUCGAUACCCCCCCCCAAAAAAAAGUUUUAGGUUGCGUGCAAACGGACGCAACAACCCCCAACAUUGUUGCGCCGACAAUAUUGGGAGUUGUUGCGUGCGUGUUGGCAGUGGUGUGCAAACGUAUGCAGCAACUCUCAACAAUGUUGGGACCUGCAGUGCAUCGUGGGAAGGAUACAACCCAUAAGUCUUUGUAAACCAUGCGUAAUGAGCGUGCGUGGCCCCAACAAUGUUGGAAGAACUGUGCAAACGGAUCCAACGCUGCACUUCAGCGAUCACGGAACAAAAGAGAUGUUGGGAGUUGUUGGCUGAAAAGGUUGACCGGUUUCAAACUUUGCGCAGCAACACGCAACAACAUGCAACAGGGUGUGCAAGCGGACGCAACAUGUAACAUCCAACAAUGUUUGGAGUUGUUGGUCAACAAUGUUGCGUCUGUUUGCACGGGGCUUUACAGCUAUUCAGGGUCUUUUAGAAAAAAAAGGUGAUGUACUGAUGCUCUUUUUUGAAAAUCAACAAUUCAACAAUAAUCUAAGGAUUAUGAUGAGGGUCUCAGUGAUGCUGGAAACGACAAAGGAUAUGAGAGGAAAGUGCGCCCUUUAUACAUUUUGAUGAAAACUGCGCAAAUCGGCCACUGGUCGGUAACUAUUGGAACUAACCACUUCGCGCCCGUGCUUUAUUGCGACCAAAGUGCUGAAAAACGAAGUGCCUGAGGAGAAAGCAAGGAUUUACAUAUCGACCGAACUUCUUAGCAAAUUGAGACUGAAAAACGAGGAUUUUUGGAAAUUUAGCCUACGUAGCAAGCGUUUCCGCGCGAGUUCGUGGAGAGUGUUGGGAUGAGAGCAAAAAAGAGAAAUGAACUGAACUUUCAUUUCUUUUGCUCUCACUCCAACUUUCGUGCGAUUAGUCGAACGGAAACGCUUGCGUCGCCGGCUAUGUCCGAAUAAUAUCCACCUACAGCGAAGCGUUAUAUUUACACAGAGGCUAUGCAAUGGCCAUGCUGAUGACUUGUUUCCAUUUUUUUUUCCAUUUACAGAAACGGUUAUGUCAUAGCCUCCCACGCAGGCGUUUUUUGGGCGAGGCGUUUUUCCUCCCUCCCGGGAAUGACGGAGCAUGUACCCCCAACCCCUCGCCCCUCCGAAACGUUACUUUUUCAUUUUGUCGCUGUCAAAAAGGCCGGAUAAUUAAACACUUUAAUCUUCAAAUGUUCUAUGUUAGUGUUCUAAUUUAUCAUUACGAACCAGCAUGAAAUACAACGAUAAGUAGGUAUAAAACUUUGCCUUUAUCAUUUAAAGACCUUUAAAGUGAACUUUCGACUGGUUUCAAGGGAAACAAAACUUGCAAGGACAGUGGUGGAUCAAGACAUUAAGAUAAGGGGGUGGGGUGGGGGGCGGUCAUCCAGAUCCUGACCCUUAUCGGAUAAGGGGGAGCCCGGUCUCAAAAAACCUUUUUUUAGCCCCUUGGGUCUCAGUUUGGUCUAAAAAUAAGGGGGGCCUGGGACCCCUGGGACCCUUCCCUGGAUCAGCUGCCACUGCAAAGAAAUAUCUAGGGGAAAAAAUUUCCGCACACUGAUCCUAGGCAAGAAAGCAAAAUCCUACCAAUGCCAUUUCAUACCAAUGCAAUGAAAUUUGUUUGGCAGGCCAUGUAGGCUAUACUAUUUUAGACUGGAAAGACAAACUUGGACUAUUAAACUUUACCUCUGUCCAGUUCCUAGUUUGUGCUGGAGCCUCGAUCUAGGGCUCAAAACUACAGCGAGCGAAAUGAGGUUAAAUACUUUUUACCAUCAGGGACUAGACAGAGAAUAGAACAUAUAUAUAAAAUUUCUCAAUAAAUGCUGUUUAUAAAAAUACCGCUUCAGCGUUAUUUUUUAAACUGUUUUCUGUCUGUUAAUAACAGCCUGCGUCUCCAGCGAUUCCGUGCAGUUUUGGAGCAAGGAACGAGGAACGAGAGUCAAAUGGGGCGAGUGAAAGAGCUCUCGUUCAAUUUCUCGCGCGGCCAAAACCGAAAAUCCCGCUCCUUGGUCUUUCUUCCCUGGAAGGCUACAUUUUGCGCCUGUAACUUGAAGUAAAAGUCUUUAAAAAAAGCCUUUUAUUUUGGGGAGCUUGAAACAUUGGCGCCGAGUGAAACUGUUAUCUGUCACCUCAUUACCACUUCUUUUAUGGUAAUGAUGUUGGAAAUUCAACGACAGCUUGGCUCUCGUUGGAAUAUUUCAAGAGGGUUUUGGUUACUAAAAAUCCGGUUUCUCCAAAUACUGAUCAUAAUUAAUCUUAAAUCAAAUUUAUUUUACAGGACCUAGUCAAGUAAGAGUAAUCUCUAAAAUACCAGUCGGUAAAAAAACACAGGAUUUAAACUAAUCAAUUGUCCUUCGGGAUUUAAAUAGUCUCGGGAAUCAGGUACUCGGACAAAGCAGCCACCGGGACUUUGUCGACUUCCCGUGACCUAAUAUACGUAAUCAUUUUGCAACGGUCCAACCUACUUCACUGUAAUGGCGAGUGAAGGUAAGUUUUUUUGUUAGAUUUUUGUCUCUGUUGUAUAUCUGAAGUGCUAGACAGCAAUAUUUAGCUCGAGGACCUAGGUUAACUUCACGUCGAUCAGUACGAUAUACGUGAGGUUCUUCACACACACGGAGGUUAAUUUGGUAAACCCAGAAAAAGACAGCCGUGAUAGGUAGUGCGGCGCUGCGCCAGUUUUCCUUCUCAAAAGUUUUCCCGCUUUUAGUUUUGCCCACUGACUACAUAAAAUGCAACGGUAAUGCGACCAACAGGUAUAAAACUGUGGCUUUCAUUUUACUAAAGGUCCGUAUGCCCAGCCUUGCGUGACCCACGUGCGGAAGGGCAGCGAAAUUUCCUUUUAUUUUAAGCGGCUGAGCUUAAAGUCUACAAUGUGACUUAAAAGCUGACUAAUUUGAGGUUUUUACAGAAUGUUUACUUUCGUUUAGCAGAUUUUUGGGUAUUUUUCGGCGCAUUUUAAGUACCAAUCAAGUACGGAUCGCGAUCUUUAAGCUGCGUAGCCAUGCGUCAGUGACCGUGAGUCAGCACGGAAGAGAGUUAGGUUUAUGAUGCGGAAAUAAAGCAGGCACACUUUGAAAAAACUUUCUUGCAGCCGUGUUCUAUCUCGAGCUGUGAAACGUAGGAAACCGGUAACAAACGACCUGCAUGAUACAUGAUUCAGUGUGAUGAUAGCUUGGACAGUAUGUCAGUAUUGUUAAUCCAGCAUUAAUAAGAACAAUAGCACUGUGAAGACGUUACAGGCUGUCUGGUUCAGUCGUCCGAAUUUUAAUCGUCGCGCUUGUAAAACCUCACAGAAGCUUAUGACCAAACAAAGGGCCGAAAAAAGCAGAGGUUAAACAGGCGUUAAAAAACACUUGUUAUUAACAGUGUAUUAAAAAGGCGUGAAUGUGCGAAUAUACCGUCACAACUGAAAAGAAAAGGGUAGAGUCAAUAUAAUUAACUGAUCUACAUUUUAAUACACAGAACUGACUUUAUAAAUAAAUUAAAAAAAUCCUCGCCCCCUCACCCCCUCCCCAAUUCAUUCAUCUCCUAUCCGAUCUAUUUAUAUUUCGGGCGUACCCUCCCUGAUUUCCCAUUCCCGUCUGUUGGCCAUGACAGAUGCAACAAUGCAACAACGAGCUUUAUUUGCAUGACCUUACAAGUACAUACAGUAUUGCAAAAGCUAUUUUAGGAAAGAUCCUGCCUCGAAAGACCGCUGUCACUCUCUAGCUGGUCAAUAAAUGUUGUUGCUGGGCGCCCCCUUGAGCGUCUGCCGUGUUUUGGAUCCCAAAGUGUUAGUUGGAAAACAGUCUUCAUUCUACUUAAUUUAUACAAUUCUGGUUUUAUUUAUUGUGAGUCAACACUUGUUAACAUUUUGUGUUCACUGUUCAAAUUCGUACAAAGGAAACCUUAAUGGGCCAAAUUGCGAUUAGGCCAAAUUUUAUUAAGCGGCUUAAUUCAGUGCUACCCCAAUCAGUCUAUACUUUAUGACGAAAAUUAAUAGUAUUUAUAGAAUUCUUACUUCAAUCCCGUUACCUUAUCCCGACCCAAAUUUUCGCUCAAUCCCCCGUAAUGCCGAGGGUUAUAUUCAGCAUUCCACACCCCGUACAAACUUCAAUCCCGAGUCUCGCUCCUAUUUUGGUUUAAAACCCUGAAUCUCGUCCUUCAAAUAAGGAAAAUCCCGCAUCCCUAAAAUUAUAUUGCGCACCCCCUAUAGUCGGACAAGAGAGGAUGAUCUGACUGCGUCAUGCCUUUUUUGGACAGUUAACUUAAAAUAUGGUUGCUUAAAAGUGUCACAUACUUGAGCGUUGAUUGAGCGACGCGAUCAGUAUUUUCAGUUGUACCCUAUUCGACUGGUUUUGGUCGUUUUCUGAGUUACGAAAGGCUUGUACCAAGCAAAGAAAAUUAAAAAGUCGUAACAGAAUAUUAAAAAGUCAUUGGGUACUCUUCCGCGAUGUACAGGGCAGAAAUGCGAGUCUAAGGUACGGGAAGGAGGCGGAGAAGGUAAGAGAAAUAUAGCCUUUCCGCCCUUUCUCCGCUUUUUACUUCAGGUCGGGUUCUGUUCGAUUUUCACCGGCCUUAGAGGGCUAAUUCAAAGGUACCGAGAGAUCCAGAGUCACUCUUUAAGUGAAACCUCGGGUUAAUUCGUUAAUUGGGGCUUAGUAAGCUCAACUCGAAUUCCUUGUUCGUCUCAACAAAUGAAAGAAAGAGGGUUGAAAAUGAUGGUCUUCAUAAAAUGUGCACGCGGACGUUUUUUCUCGAAAAACAUGCGAAGUCCAAUUGAAAUUAGCAAAGUUUAAGCUCUGCAAAACUCUGUUCCAGCAAGGAAAAGAACCGACAAUGUCGCCGGGAAAAAAUAGAUAGAUUUAGCUAACUUUUCUAACUAUGACAAACUGUGCAGUUUCAGCUCCGGGCGUAUUUUGGCCAGCCCGUUCCUGGUCUGCAGGUUCAACAGUGCUAAGACAAAAACAGAGCAGAAGCGGAAAACGGGUCGAUAAAAUAAAGCAAGUGAUCGGUCUUACUCAAAACUGUUGCGUCAGUUGAGGCGUUGAAAAUUUAACGAUGUAAAAUAGAGAACAGUGUACGAGUCUGUGCUGUUGUGUAUUGAACUUUGCAUUCCACUCAGGGACUCGUGAUUACCUUGGUCCCAGAGGUCUUCCUUGAAGUUUUUUCUCCGCGAGAAAGAACGUGCCCCGUGAUUUAGUAUUCAGUAAUUGACAUCCAUUUAGCCUUAAUUUAUAUCGGAAUUUUCCGCUUAUGUGCACCCCCACUUGUAAGCCCACUGCGUCAGUUAUAAACAAAAAAAUACAUCCUGUUAUAAGUACUUCCGGAUAUAAGCCACCCUCCAGCUUUUAUUGAAAUAAAUUCGAUUUUUUUAGACGUUUUGAAGCUUAAAAAAAAAAACAAAGUAAAUUAAAAAAGUAUUUUGGUCAGCGCUGCUAUAUAGCUUUGUUUGAAAUGCUUUUCAGUCCGAUGGUAAGCACCCCCAACCCCCCUACCCCCCCUCCUCUCCCACCCCCAUCACCUUGGGGGGAUAAGUCCUCCUAAACCCCCUAACGAAGUUUACGGUAUGUUUGAAUUAUUAUUUUCAGACAGCUGCUCUUGUGGUCCAGGGUAUGCGUCACCCCUGGAUGCCAUGAAGGGCCCCAGGGAACAGAUAGUUUAUCUUCCCUGCAUCCGUACAAGCCCUGGUGUUGAUAAACCGGACUAUCUUGCUACCGUUGAUGUGGACCCUCGAUCUCCAACCUACUCGAAGGUAGGCCGGGAAAGCCUGCACUUAUUUAUUAAAUAAGUACCUUUGUCCUUCAUUUAUACACCCAGGAAGACUUGAUAAUAGUAACACAGGCAAAAUCUUAGCUGUAGGAGUUGACUGCACAGAAUCUUUGCCAUAUCACACGGCUUCGUCCUGGCCCCAGUUAUUUAAAAGCUGGGUAGCGGCAUCCAUUGGAUAAAGGCUAUCCACAGGAUAAGUAUGAAAGGAGACUAACUGCACUAUCUGUUGAAUAGAAAUUCAUCCGAUGGAUAGCGUUAACCAACUUUUGAACAAAAGGGGCGAGAAGAGUAGAUUAAGAUAUAAAAGGAACGUUUUUACCCUGCUCUUAACGCUUGCAGGUCAUUCAUCGUUUGGAAGUUCCUUUCAAAGGAGACGAGUUGCAUCAUAGUGGUUGGAACGCCUGCAGUAGGUAUGUUCCACUUCCCCUCGACUCUUUGACUGCUGCCCUUUCACGUUUCUUUUCUGAUUUCCCUGCAGUGAAUUCCGUUUUGAGGCUACGGCAGUUAAUGUUAGUCGCAAUGGCCCGGAAGCCCUUUAGACUUUUCUGGCUUGAACGUGCACAACGUUCAAUAGCAUUCCUAUAAGUUCAAACAUUAACAAUUUGCUGCUGUGAACAAAAAAGAAAAGAUUAUGCACCGUUAGAAAGCAUCCAAUUUAUAAAAUAACUAAGAUAGUAGGCGCGUUCUGAUUGGUUAAAAACCUAUGGUUUAUUGUGCCGGUAAACUCAUAGAAAACUUAAAGUUAUCAUUUUUAUAAAAACAAUAGAGCUCACUUUCUAUGGAUUUACCAGCUCGGCUCUUGAGUUACAAGCUUUUCUCGUGUUCUCCCCUAACAUGCCGCGUGGGUCACCACGCCGGUAAACCCAUAGAAAGUGUGGUCUAUUGCUUAAAUAAAUUGUACCCCCUUGUUUUCCUCUUUCAUACAUGUAAUCAGUGUUAGUCUCCAGUAAAUAUGGACUAUUUGAGCGAGAUGUCAGUAAAUCCUAACUCCUCCAAUAAUUGGGUUACCCAUAAGCCCUAGUGGACCUAGUGGCGUUGGUUUGAGAGGAGGAUGGAGGGGAAAUUCGGGAGCUCUUGACGCAGACUAAUGGGCAAUAUUAGCUUACUACAUGUUAGUAACAGUAGGACUUCGAUUCUGAGCCAAGGACAACCUAGUCUCCCACACAGGCAUUUUUACGAAGGGACGAAAUACGAGCUUCCCUAAAAACGCCUAUAUGGGGGGCCAAGGACAACUUAUUGUCAAGCAAUUCCAUGCUGCCAGAUUGUCGUGGAAAACAAAAAUUAUGUCCGUACAUUCGCCAUGUUUACUUACAUUUCAGUUCCGCUGCUCUUGUGCUGUCCGUAUUCGGGCUGCGAUUUCCCGCGAUUAAGUUACUGGAAAAUCAGCCAAACACAAGCAUUUUGAUGUAUAUCGAGUAAAGGUACGGUAAAACCCGCAACAAAAUCGUGCCACUUGUUUUGCGGCAUUACUGCAAAACGAGUUGAUUAGCGAUGUUGCGCGUUUUACCACCCACAAACCAAACCUGUCCUGCAACAAAUCUGGUCGUUGCAGGUUGCGAAAAGUUUUUGCAGAAAGUAGAGAGAAGUUCUACUUUUUGCAACAAAAUCUGAACAUGUUGCCUAUUUUACCUGCCCAAGGCAAACUGGUUUUGCAACAAGUGACGUAACUGCCUUGAAUGACCCGACUCCCGCGUAAUUUUAUCCAAUCAGACGUCCAUAUUCACGCAACUUGCAACAGCCUGAUUUGUUGCAAGGCAGGUUUAAACGUAGUAGUUAAAACACGAAAAUUUCCUGUUUUCAACUAGUUUUGCGCAAUAUUGUAAAAGAACUUGCACGUUUUUGCUUCCCGUUUUACCUUGACUUUAAGACGCAACUGAGAGAACAAGAGAUGUGUUGCAAAAAGCAAGACGCUUUCUACUUGAAGCAAACAAUUUGUUGGAGGAACUUGCGAGCUUGUGAAAAUAUGGUCUACAAUGCGUCUCCAUUUUUAUUCCUUCACAAACAAAUAACACUUCAACUUUUCAUUCUGUUCUCUCAUUUACGUUUUUUUGGUCAUUUUGUGCCAUUUUCCAGUUGUUUUGGUGACUCGUCCCAGAACAGGAAUCGCCUUAUCAUGCCUUCCUUGAUAUCUAGUCGCAUUUACAUCUUUGAUGUAGAAACUGAUCCCAGGGCCCCACGGAUACACAAGGUGAGGAUAAAGGUUUUAUUUUCUUUCGUUUAGCUCUUAAACAAAUCGGUAAUACAGUCGAACAUUCUGUAAGUGACCAGCCAAAAUGCGAAGAUUUAUUUUUUACCUACGAGAAUGGAACCACAGGGGGACAGAUGUACGAACUCUUGGAAAGAAAAUUUACAGCAUACAAUUUCCGAGUAACGAUAUAUGUAGUUCUAGCUGAUCUCUGUCACAGUCACUAUGUUCCACGUUGUUUCGCAUAUCAUAGAAUCUGAGUAUCAGAGUACAUGCAGCGAAUAUCGACGUAGACUCCGAUUGAUUUAGAAAAUAUAUAUAUAUAAGUUUGGUCUUGCUAUCGGAUUCUUACGACUGACUACUUUCAUUUGAAAAGCUAAAACAACUAAUAAAACUUACCGCAAUUGGCCCCUACAGAAAAUACCAUAACAUACAAUAAUGGUCUUUGUUUGUCACCCCAAAAUUUUGCAGAAACAUUGUUUUCAGUUUAUCUUGGGGCCAUUUUAACUCCCAAGAGAAACUGAAGACAAUGUUUGUGCAAAAUUUUGGGGUGACAAACAAAGAGCUUUUUAGUAUGUUAUGGUAUUUUCUGAAGUGGUCAAUUUCCCUAUCUGCCGAAAACCUGUAGUGAAUAUUCAUUUGGAUAAGCACAAUAACUCAGGUCAGCCCGGGAGAAGGAUUCUAGAGCGAACCCCUCAGCAGUACCAGCCUACGUAGCUGGUGGUUUUGGGGUUUUUUUCAUCUCUGGUUCGUAAAGUAAGAGAUACAUCCGCGCACUCCCCUCACCCCCACCCCCGUCAAUUUCUCGUUUGACCUCGGUUCAGCUUUCGCGCGGGUGUAUCUCUUUUACGAAUCAAUAACGUAAAAGGAAACAAACAAAAAAACCCGCCAGCUAAGCAGACUAGGUUUUAAGGGAUGUUUGUUAUGUUUGAGUGAAUAGUUCGUUCUCAAUCCGAGGCAAAAGCACAUAUUUGAGGAGUAUCUGAUUAUAUGUUUAUAAUCAAGGCUUAAUCUGUGGUUCUGUGGUAGAUUAUUCCACCAGAAGAGGUCGCAGAGAAGACCGGACUUGGCUAUCCUCACACAACACACUGCUUGGCAAAUGGGGAAGUUAUGAUCAGCUCGAUUGGCAAACCUAACGGAGAUGCAGAAGGUAAUUCGUACGAAGUGUACUGUAGUGAAUACCUCAGAAAAAGAGACUCGUUUAGCAAUGACUGAGCUACAAGCUACCAUCGUAUUUAAUUAAAUCAAUCUGUGAACAUCUGUCAUUUUCCAACCGUUUUCUUUCAAGGAGGAUUUGUUAUACUGGAUGGCAAGACAUUUGAUGUUAAAGGCCGUUGGGAGAAUGGGUCCCCCGCCCCGAUGGGCUAUGACUUCUGGUAUCAGCCUCGCUUCAAUGUGAUGAUAAGCACGGAAUGGGGCGCGCCUAAAGCUCUUACUAAAGGAUUUAAGGUGGAAGAUGUUACUGCCGGUAAGCGAUGUUAUUAUCACAUAAUUCAAACUUGGAGGUUUAACUUAUCUCUUAAACGGUGUAAGUUACACUUGAAAUUUUUACAUUGCACAUAACUAACAAACCUAUCUAUCAGACCCUAUCAGAAACCAAGAACACUCAGAGGGCAAAAAAUGCACCCUGGGGGGUCACAUGGGGAUGUGUAUAAGGAGCGAAUAAGAUAGAAUCCUCUGCUGACUUCAAGAGUCUGAGUAACUCUGUUAGAACCAUGAUCAGAAGAUAUGGCUAAAUCGAAGAUGUAUUCGCCACAACUAAAAAAGAUUAAUAAAAUGUUUCUGUUUUGUUUUCAAAAACGUUCUUUAUAAGUAAAAUGAAACUACAGCUGUGAGACUCUCUAUGGGUAUUUACGACGAAAUUAAUGAGAUGACGAUCUUAAAUAUUAAAAAGCGACGAUGGCAUUUCCAUUCCGAUCACGUUUGACAACGUUAGUCGUGCGAUGACGACUAAGAAAUCUGCCAAAUAGUCUGCUGCACGUUCAGAAUUUUCGCUUUUCUUUUUUUAUUUUCUUAUUCUUAAAGUUUACAAGUUAUGCCAUGGUGUAUAUGGAAAAAGCAGUUAAAAUAAUACUUUUUUGUUUUAGUUCGCUUGAAAAUUGUCCCUUUAGUUUGAAUCUUUUCCUUUUCCGAUAAAUAUGGACGACUAACCGGGCUAAAAAUUCAUCCUAGUUAAGAGCGUUCUGUGGUUAAAUGUUCAGUCAAGAAGUACGAUUUCGGCUCCCAGCCUGAAGCAUUUUAAAACUAAAAGUGUCCGUUCAUUUUGGUUCAGAGUAGGCUCCCGCUUGUACGCCGGUACUGGUCGGAGCCACAAGCAUACAUAAUCUAUUAUGAAUCUUUUUAGGGCUGUAUGGUUCUCGCCUGCACGUGUGGGACUGGACCAAACGGACUUUGAAGCAGACUAUUGACUUGGGAGUCGGUACCAUUCCCCUAGAGAUCAGGUUCCUGCACAACCCUGACCAGCCGCAAGGAUUCACUGGAUGUGCCCUAAGCAGUACCAUUGUCAGAUUCUUCCAAAACGAGGUAAGGACGUAUGCGAUAACGGAAAAAUGAAAAAUGCGAACAAAACCCAACUUGAACCCUCGCCCUAUUAGUAACUUCAUUUUCAAUUCUAUUCUUUUAUCCCGUUUAUCCAUUUCCCGUUGCCCUUGCUUGUUCCCGCUCCCCGUAUUCCGUUUUAGUAAUAUCCAGCAAGGACUCGAAUAGAAAGCAAACAAUAAACACAUGCGGACACAAACAGCGCAAUCCUUCCACAGCUGUUCUGAGUUUCUCGAGGUACGUUUUGACGGAGAUCCCGAUUUUUUAAAGGUUUUUUUCGCAAAUGUUAUUUCUUGUUAACUUCGCCGCGGCUUUGCUAGUCUUUUUCUUGAUGUGAAGUAUCUUCCAAGGAGUUCUUUAGAAUAAUAAUAGUCGGUUUAAUUAAAGAGCCCGUGUACAUUAUUCUUAUUGUUAACCUUAGCAUACUGUGGUAGAAUCCACGUCGGUGACGAGGCCUUCUCUCCUUAAUAUUGUUACUGAACAAUAGAUUUUCCGUAGUUACAAAACAAGCCAUACAUGUCAUGUCAUAGAAUGUAUCUUAAUGUGGGGUUGUGAAUGUACCCCAUCGAAUUUCCAAGGUAAUACUGUUCCACUAAACUACCCGAUAAGAAUUUACGUUAUAAUAUCCACCCACUCGCAUCCAAUGCAUUAUCCACUUUAUGCAUAAUUCUGUUGUGAUAAGUGUUUUAUCAAACGGUUCUUGUAUUUCAGGUGGACUCUUGGAGUGCAGAAACAGUGGUCAGCGUUCCAGCCAAGAAGGUUGAAGGCUGGGCUCUACCGGAAAUGCCUGGUAAGGAAUACGAGAGUUAGUACAUUGAUUUAUAUAACCUGAGUAUCAGGCCUUCCUAAGGGGCUAGGGGAGAGGAGAUUUAUACGGAGUGAUUUCGCAAAGACGGGGCCUAGAGGGAGGGGGGGCGCACUCGAUAAAGCUCGUACUGGGAGGCUCCGCCCCGAGGUCUAACUCCUUACCCUUUUAUAUAACAACUGCAGUAAAUGCACAUUCUUUAAAAUAUGAAUAAAUCACAAAACCAGAACGCUUUCUCGAUUUUUCACAGCCAUAAAAUACAUCCGUUAGCCCUUUUUACCGACCGAAAUGACAGAUUCCCUACCCCUUCAUUAAUGUCUGAAAAAGGUACCACUUUCAGGCGGAGCCUCCCUGUAUAGGCCAUUAUAGCGGGAGUACCCCCCAAGAGACAGGGGCGAUAACUAAGUCCGGCAUUUCUGAAGAAGCGCUCUCCACCAGCCGAGCGCGAUGGAGCAUCUUCCCCUACUUGAAUUACCUGACUCCUUCCCGCAAAAACAAACUUGUAAUGACUAAGGUGGCUAGUGGACGUCGGCCUCGUUCUUUUUUUCAUGCGUCGAGAGAAAUAACUUACUAAUCUAUCUAAAUAUUAACCUGACAGGACCCCACUGAUAUUAACUUGGCACUCCCUUAUUAGGCCUGAUAACAGAUAUCCUUAUUUCACUGGAUGAUAAGUUCCUGUAUUUCAGCAACUGGAUUCAUGGCGACCUCAGGCAGUAUGAUAUCACUGAUCCCAAGCACCCAAAGCUUGUCGGACAGGUAAAUUAAAUGAGCAAACGCGGUCAGGUGUGGGGGAGGGGGGGGAACCAACAUUACGGCGUUCAAAAUGCUGAAAGCUGUGAUGCAAACUAAACCUAAAAACUAACUAGCCAAUCGCAUUAUAAUUAAGAACAAAUCAUAAGGCAUUAGACAAAUUGCGCUAAGAUUAAACCUUCAUGUUUCUGGCUCUAUAACUGUUUAUUAUUUAUUUAUUUAUUUUUCUUUUUGAUAGAAUUUGUUGAUUUGCGAAUUGUAGAAUAAUGGUCACGUAACAUAUCACGUGAUUCACUGAAAUAAUAGUUAAAUUUUACAUUAUUAAGGACUUUGAGGUCUUUCUGUGUACCAAAUUUCGUUUCAGUUCCACUCUCUUUGCUGGAGAUAUAACCCGUAAAGUAAACCCAUUAGACCCAGGCCUGUUGGAUGCAAUGUGCCAAUACGACGGCCUUAGGUCGUGAGACUAACAAUUUUGAUAUCAUUUAUAGCUGUUUAUUGGUGGCAGCAUCGUCAACGAUGGUCCAGUUAAGGUGGUUGAAGACUCUGAACUGAGUGGACAGCCUGCGCCAGCAUAUGUGAAGGGCAAGCGAGUAGAGGGUGGUCCACAGAUGAUUCAGCUCAGUUUAGAUGGAAAGCGUCUUUAUGUCACUACUUCACUGUACAGCGUGUGGGACAAUCAGUUCUACCCCAGUCUCUCUAAGUAAGUGUUAUUGAUUAUCUCUAUUGGCGUCUCGAGAUGGAUUACUUCGAAAACUUCCUGAACGUGAAUGGGGGCAUGGCGGAACAUUUAGCACUAUCCGCCUUGCCUUUUAUAAAAGAGGUAUUUAAACAAUCAAAAGGUCCUUUGCAACUAGUCAUCAACGUUGGACAAAACGCCAUACUAGAGAGCAAGAGAUGCAUUAACGCAAGAAAAACAAAGAGCCCAUAUCUUUUAAAAUGGUAGUAAUUUUCUUUGUUUGUCUUCUCCCAGUGCGUCUCUUUUCUCUAGCAUAUGUCAGACCAUCCGCAAAGGACCUAUUGACUGUUUAAAUACCUUUUUACCAUCGUGGUGGCAAGGACUAGAAAUUAUCAACCUUUCUAAUGGCAACCAUUGUCUCAAUUUAUUUCAAUCAUACUCGCGCCCAAGGUGUUUUUCGCCAGGUUAGUACCCUUUCGUUCUAGCCUGACCACAGACGUCUUUCUUUUUCUUGGACAAUUUCGACAACGCGGGAGCGAAACGAAGCGCGGGAGAGCUUGCAAGGAGCACCCUUGAGCGCUUGCCGUCAAUAAAUCCCCAGUGGUUUUAUACGCGCGUUCGACGAUCUCUACUAAGGAGAAAAUAAAGGCUCUUUGAACAGGCUACUUUCGUUCUAGAGUAAAGUGUAAAUAACUGAGCCUUGCUCUAUCUCUCCAGGAAAGGCGCCAUGUUGCUUCAAGUUGACGUUGACACAGUCAACGGUGGUCUGACCUUGAAUCCAGACUUUUUUGUGGAUUUCGGUGACGAACCUGGGGGUCCAUGCCUCGCUCAUGAAGUGCGAUAUCCGGGGGGAGACUGCUCCUCUGAUAUAUGGUUGGCUGACACCAAACCCGCAAAACUGUAACAUUUCAAAGAGAGUACUAAGAAAAAAGACCGGACCCAAGAAAAAGCAGAAGAGCUAUACUGAAGAAACUAAUAUAAGCUGGAACUUUCCAUGAAUCAUUAAAAAUAAAAGUUUUUCCUGUUUGUUAACUGGUAAAGUUUUGACUAGGGAAUAAAAUAUGAGUCAUACAGAAAUAAAG